CAGCCUUGCCUCGGGUGUAGGGAUUGCAUAGGAAAAAGAGCAAAACUACACAGCUACACUGUGUGGUUUUGUUUUUUUGGGUUUCUUUGAGGCUAAACUGUUCUCACAUUGGAUUUUCUGACAUUUCUGGAUAAGGAGAUUGUUUCUGAAGAAAUACAACUUCUGGGCUUCGCCCCAUCAAAUCUAGGCACUCUUGUGGAUACAAGGUGCCGUCCACAAUGUCUACACAGGCGCCAACAUUUACACAGCCGCUGCAAAGCGUUGUGGCACUAGAGGGUAGUGCUGCAACGUUUGAAGCACAAGUUAGUGGUUCUCCAGUUCCUGAGGUGAGCUGGUUCCGUGAUGGCCAGGUUCUUUCCGCUGCCGCUCUGCCCGGCACACAGAUCUCGUUCAGCGAUGGCCGCGCUGUUCUGAUGAUCCCUGCUGUGACAGCCGCACACAGUGGAAGAUUUUCUGUCAGAGCCACCAAUGGUGCUGGACAAGCCACUAGCACCGCUGAACUUCUUGUUACAGUGGAGACUGCGCCGCCCAACUUUAUUCAGAGACUUCAGAGUUUAACCGUGAGACAAAGAAGCCAAGUGAGACUGGAUGUUCGUGUGACAGGAAUCCCUACACCUGUGGUAAAGUUCUACAGAGAGGGAGCCGAGAUACAGAGCUCCGCUGACUUUCAGAUUGUUCAAGAAGGAGACCUUUACAGUUUGUUGAUUGCCGAAGCCUUCCCAGAGGAUUCUGGAACUUACUCUGUAAAUGCCUCAAAUAGCAGCGGACGGGCUACCUCCACUGCUGAACUGCUGGUUCAAGGUGAAGAAGCUGUGCCUGCCAAGAAGACUAAAACCGUAAUUUCAUCUUCCUCUCAGAGGUCCUCCUCUCAGAGUCGCCAGACCAGAGUUGAGACAAGGAGUAUGGAGGCUCAUUUUGAAUCCUCAUCCAUGCAAAUGCAUGUUGAAGGUGGUGUAGUGAGCCAUCUAGCACACAAGACUCCACCACGUGUGCCCCCUAAGCCAACCUCAACCUCCAAAUCCCCAACACCAUCAUCUCUUGCAGCCAGAGUUGCAGGGGGACGUCAUCAGUCACCAUCACCUGUGAGACAUGUCAAGGCACCCACUCCGGCCCCUGUUAGGUCCGUAUCCCCUACUUCAAGACUGUCUGUGUCCCCAAUCAGACCAGUCAAAUCCCCACUGACCACACGCAAACAGGUAGCCCAUGGUCCUGAUGUCCUCCCACCAUGGAAGCAGGGAGACUUUGUUGAAGGGUCCAGCAGCUAUUCCAGCAGCAUGACUUCUAGUGCCACCCAUGCCCAGGCUUCCAUGUCUGCCACCCAGGUUCACAUGGAGCAGCGCUGGGAGGGCUCUUAUGGAUUGCAAACGGCUGGGUCCGCUGUAUCUGGUGUCGCUGAGGCGCAGCAUGAGGUGGACGAUAAAAGCAUUGCUGUAGCUACUGUGGUAGCAGCUGUGGACCAGGCUCGCAGCCGCAAGUCUGCUGGUUUUACACCAGAGCCGGUGCCGGUGCCGGUGGUGACACCCAGUACAGAGAUACAGAGCACCUCUAGCACCUCUACUACUGUGUUAAUGUCCACAACAAGGGAACAGGUUGAGGGUGGGAAAAAAGCGGAGGCAAAGGCUACAGUGGUUGCUGCUGUCGACCUAGCACGUGUUCGGAAGCCUUUGCAUGCUGAGGGGGGUCAUGCUGAAGAGGAAACCAUACAAUCUGAUUUAAAACAGCAGAUGAUGAUGGCUACCACUGAGCAACAAGUCACAGUGAAAACUGAGGCUGCAACUGUGCCAAUGGUGCAAAUACCAAUAAUACCACCACCAUCAAUUCAAACAUCAGCUGAUGAGCAGAGUAUUCAUGUCACCCAGAUACAAAGAAGUACAGAAACUACUACCGCCCACAUGGAAACUGCCCUCGCACCAUCCCCAAUUCCACAUUUCACAGUUUCAAAAGUUUCUGUUCCUAAACCUGACCAUAGCUAUGAGGUUUCGAUAGCAGGUUCUGCUAUUGCCACACUGCAGAAAGAGUUAUCCUCUACCUCUGCACAUGCUGCUCAAAAGAUCAUCAAGCCAGUCAAGCCUCCAUCUCCUAGUCUCCACCGUAAGGUUGUGGACGUGAUGCCAGCGCCAACCCAGUCUCCGUUUAAGGAUCUCUCCGAGAGAUAUAAGACGCAUUUCGACACUCAGUUACAGACUCAGAUAGGCGCUACGUUUACAGGGGAAACGGAGAGAAUGUAUAAGGAUUUGGAAACAAAGGUUUUCCCAUCCCCUGCAGAAGAGCCAGUUGUGCCACCUACUCUUGUAGCUGGCUUGAAGAACCUGACUGUGACUGAGGGUGAGUCUGUGACUCUGGAAUGCCAGAUCUCUGGUCACCCUGCCCCUGGCAUCAUGUGGUUCAGGGAGGACUACAGAAUCGAAAGCUCCAUUGACUUCCAGAUCACUUAUGAGAGUAAAUGUGCCCGUCUUGUCAUCCGUGAGGCCUUCGCAGAAGACAGCGGUCGCUUCACUUGCACUGCUACUAGCAAUGCUGGAACUAUCAGCACAUCCUGUUACCUGCUUGUCAAAGUAACCGAGGAGAUUGAGACCCGGGAAGAGAUGACACAACAAGGCACUGUCACUGUAUUUGACCUUACUACUCAAGAGAAACUUUUUACUACUGAAGCAAAGGAGGAGACCAUGUCGGAGGUGAGCACUGCCAUCGCCACCGCAGGUUCACCAGUGGAUACUGCAGAUGCCAUCGCUCCCUUCUUUGUCAAGAAGCCAACUGUACAGAAGUUGGUGGAGGGCGGACGUGUUGUCUUUGAGUGCCAGAUCGGAGGCAGCCCCAAACCACACAUGUUCUGGAAGAAGAGUGGAGUGCCCCUUACUACAGGAUACAGAUAUAAAGUCCACUACAAUAAGGAAAGUGGAGUGUGUAAAUUGGAGAUCUCCAUGACAUUUGCUGAUGAUGCUGGAGAGUACUCCGUCUUUGCCAGGAACCCGCUUGGAGAAGCCUCUGCCUCAGCUGGACUGCUGGAGGAAGGGGAAUAUGAAGAAUACAUGAAGAAACAUGAAAUGACAUAUAAGAGUGAAGUAAUUACAACGGUGCAGGUGGAUGUACCCCCCGUUGUUGUGAGCGAAUAUGACGACGACCAGAUGUAUAGGCAGAGGAGCAUGACACAGCAAGCACACGCACAAACGCAAAGCUUUGUUUCAACACAGGAACUCAAGAUUUCUUCCUUUGAGGAGAGGAUUAUCCACGAGAUUGAGAUCCGCAUCUUGCAAAUUACCUACCAACAGAUUGUGACUGAGGAUCGGGAAGAGAUGGUGACUUGUGCAGAUCGUGAGGCUUUACAGUCAGCCUUUGCCACUCCAGUUAAAAACUACAGGAUCAUAGAAGGAAUGGGUGUUACUUUCCACUGCAAAAUGGCAGGAACUCCACUGCCCAAGAUUGCGUGGUACAAAGAUGGAAAGCGUAUCCAUCAUGGUGGCCGUUACCAGAUGGAGAGUCUUCAUGAUGGUAGAGCCAGCCUGCGUCUUCCUGUGGUGCUACCAGAGGAUGAGGGUGUUUACACAGCAUUAGCUAGCAACAUGAAGGGCAACUCUGUGAGCUCAGGGAAACUGUACGUGGAGCCCACUGCCGUUGCAGGAGCUCAGCGUUACACGCCAGAACCUCAGGCAAUGCAGAGAAUUAGGUCCCAGUCCCCUAGAUCUCUGAGCCGCUCUCCCGGACGCUCUACUAGUCGCUCUCCUGCACGCUCUCCUGGUCGCAGGCUUGAUGACACUGAUGAGAGUCAGCUGGAGAGACUGUACAAGCCUGUGUUUGUCUUGAAGCCACAGUCAUUCAAGUGCGCUGAAGGGCAGACUGCCAGAUUUGACCUGAAAGUAGUUGGUAGACCCAUGCCUGACACUUUCUGGUUCCACAAUGGGCAACAAGUUGUCAAUGAUUACACCCACAAGAUAGUGGUGAAGGAAGAUGGAACUCAGUCACUGAUUGUGGUUCCAGCCAUGCCCCAUGACUCUGGAGAAUGGACGGUAGUUGCUCAGAACAGAGCUGGAAAAAGCUCUGUGUCCAUGACACUUACAGUUGAUGCCAAAGAAAAUUUGAUCAGACCCCAGUUUAUUGAGAAGCUGAAGAAUGUCAGUGUCAAGAAAGGCACUCUGGUUGAGUUGGCGGUCAAAGCCAUCGGAAACCCCCUGCCUGACAUUGUUUGGCUGAAGAACAGCGACAUCAUCUCCCCACAGAAGCACCCAAACAUCAAGAUUGAGGGCAUCAAGGGAGAAGCCAAAUUCCAUAUCCCACAGUCGGUGAGCUCUGAUAGUGCCUGGUACACAGCCACAGCCAUUAACAAAGCUGGAAGAGAUACCACUCGCUGCAGGGUCAACAUUGAGGUAGAUGCUGCUGAACCUGCGCCAGAGAGGAGACUCAUUAUCACCAAAGGAACCUACAAGGCCAAGGACAUAGCAGCUCCAGAGUUGGAACCCUUGCAUCUCCGUUAUGGUCAAGAGCAGUGGGAGGAGGAUGACCUAUAUGACAAGGACAAGCAGCAGAAACCACAGUUCAAGAAGAAGCUGACUUCUGUCAGGUUGAAGCGUUUUGGCCCAGUCCAUUUUGAAUGCAGACUGACCCCAAUUGGUGAUCCCACUAUGGUGGUUGAGUGGUUGCAUGAUGGCAAACCCCUGGCAGCUGCUAACAGAUUGCGCAUGGUUAAUGAAUUUGGCUACUGUAGUCUUGACUUUGAAGUUGCCUAUGCCAGAGAUAGUGGUGUCAUCACCUGCAGAGCCACUAACAAGUUUGGAGUUGAUCAGACCUCAGCUACACUAAUUGUGAAGGAUGAGAAGAGCCUUGUUGAGGAGACACAGUUACCUGAGGGCAGGAGGGAAAUACACAGAAUUGAUGAGAUGGAGCGUAUGGCUCACGAGGGAGGUCCUUCUGGAGUCACUGGGGAUGAGUAUUCAGAGAAGUCAAAGCCUGAAAUUGUCCUUCUUCCUGAACCAGCAAGAGUGCUGGAAGGUGACAUUGCAAGAUUCCGUUGCAGAGUGAUUGGCUAUCCCACGCCUAAGGUUAACUGGUACCUCAAUGGACAGCUCAUUCGCAAGAGCAAGAGAAUGAGGCUUCGCUAUGAUGGCAUUUACUAUCUUGAGAUUAUAGAUAUCAAGUCAUACGAUGCAGGAGAUGUCAAAGUGGUAGCAGAGAACCCAGAGGGCACAGCUGAGCAUCUGGUGAAGCUCGAGAUCACACAGAGAGAGGACUUCAGAUCCAUCCUCCGUCGCGUCCCUGAACCAAAGGCACAUGACACUACUGAACAUGGGAGAGUUAGCUUUGAAGUUGUGAAGGUUGACAGACCAGCUGAUGCCCAGCCAAAGGAAGUUGUCAAACUGAGGAAGACUGAAAGAGUCAUCCAUGAGAAGUCCACAGAGGAGACAGAUGAGUUGAAGAGCAAAUUUAAGCGCAGGACAGAGGAAGGUUAUUAUGAAGCCAUCACUGCUGUGGAGCUAAAGUCCAAAAGGAAGGAUGAGUCCUAUGAGGAUAUGCUUAGGAAGAGGAAGGAAGAACUGCUUCAUCACAUGAAAGAGUUGACUGAGGCUGAGAAGAAGAAAGAGAUGGAGGAGGGUCAACUCACCAUACCCACAAUCAAACCAGAGAGAAUACAGCUCUCUCCCAGCAUGGAAGCUCCAAAGAUCUUGGAACGCAUUGCUAGCCAGACCGUGUCUCAGACCGAGGAAGUUCGCUUCAGAGUCAGAGUUGUCGGCAAACCAGAACCUGAGUGCCAGUGGUUCAAGAAUGGAAUUCUGCUGGAGAAGACCGAUCGAAUUUACUGGUACUGGCCUGAAGACCACGUGUGUGAAUUAGUGGUCAGAGAUGUCACAGCAGAAGACUCUGCUAGCAUCAUGGUCAAAGCCAUGAACAUUGCUGGAGAGACAUCAAGCCAUGCAUUCCUGCUGGUGCAAGCCAUUACAGUUUAUAGCUUUACUCAACAACUAGAGGAUGUGGAAGCUAAAGAGAAGGACACCAUGGCGACCUUUGAGUGUGAAACAAAUGAGCCGUUCGUUAAAGUCAAAUGGCUGAAGAACAAUUCAGAGAUUUUCUCUGGAGACAAAUACAGGAUGCAUUCAGACAGAAAGGUUCAUUUCCUUUCUGUACUGAUCAUCAACAUGAAGGACGAUGCAGACUACAGUUGUGUUGUUGUUGAAGAUGACCACAUCAGGACCACUGCCAGACUCAAUGUGGAAGGUGCUUCAUUGUCAAUUGUGAAGAGGCUGGAGAACAUUGAAGUGCCUGAGACCUACUCUGGGGAGUUUGAGGUUGAAUUAUCUCGAGAGGAUGCUGAAGGUACCUGGUAUUUCAAUGACAAGGAAAUCACUCCCAGCAGCAAAUAUGUUACCUCCUCCCGUCGUGGACGCCAUGCCUUGACUGUCAAAGACGUCAAGAAAGAAGAUCAGGGAAAAUAUACAUUCAAAAUUGCUGAUAUGCAGACCAGUGCCUCGCUGAAGAUGAAACUGCGCCCUGUGACACUGAUGCAACCCCUCACUGACCUGACAAUCUGCGAGGGUGACAUCGCUCAAUUAGAAGUGCGAUUCUCUCAGGAAAACGUUGAGGGAACAUGGAUGAAGAAUGGCCAAGCAAUCUCCGCCACAGAUCGCAUCCACAUCGUUAUCGACAAACUGGUCCACAAGCUGCUUGUUGAAAACGUGAGCAGAGACGAUGCUGCGACAUACUCCUUCGUUGUCCCAGCUCAGGAUAUCUCCACCUUUGGGAAGUUGAACAUUCAAACGAUUGAUAUUUUGAGCCCACUCACUGAUAUUACCGCAGUUGAGGGCACCAAGGCUGUUAUGGAGGCUAAAAUCUCUGCUGCUGAUGUUACCUCUGUGAAAUGGUACCACAAUGACAAACUUGUGAUGCCCAGUGAGAGAAUCCAGAUGCUUGCGAAGGGAUCCAAACAGCGCCUGGUAUUCCACAGGACCUUUGCCUCUGAUGAAGGAACCUACAAGCUAUGUGUUGGCAAAGCUGACUCUAGCUGUAAACUGACUAUUGAAAAAAUUCACAUCACCAAGCAUAUGGAGGAUCAAGUUUGCACAGAGACCCAGAAUAUAACAUUUAAAGUUGAGGUUUCCCACCCUGGCAUUGCCGCUGUGUGGACCUUCAAGAAACAACCACUCAAAGCUAGUCCAAAGCAUAAGAUUGAGGCCAAGGGCAAAAAUUACAGCCUGAGUGUCAUUAAUACCAUGAAGGAUGAAGAGGGAGAAUACGCAUUCGCUGCUGGUGAACAGACAUCCAGCGCAAAGCUUACUGUGUCAGGUGGUGCCAUAAACAGACCACUCCAGGACGUGACUGUGGCUGAGUCUCAGACAGCUGAGCUGGAGUGUGAGGUGGCCAACCCAACUGCUGAGGGCAAGUGGCUUAAGGAUGGACAACCCGUGAACUUCAGUGACAAUGUCAACCAUAUGAACAAUGGAGCUGUCAGACGUCUGGUUAUUGCCAUAACCAGACCCAAUGACAUCGGUGAAUACACUUACCAGGUCGCAAACUCCAAGACAACAGCCAACCUGAGAGUUGAGGCUGUGAAAGUCAAGAAGACACUGAAGAAUCAAACUGUUACUGAGACACAGGAGGCAGAGUUCAGUCUGGAGCUCACCCACAAGAAUGUGAAGGGCUCACAAUGGAUUAAGAAUGGUGUAGAGAUCAACCCAAGUGAGAAAUAUGAAAUCACAACUGAUGGCAUGGUCCACACCUUGAAGAUCAAGAACUGCGACACACGCGAUGAAUCAGUUUAUGGAUUCAAACUUGGGAAACUAUCUGCUAAUGCUAGAUUGAACGUUGAGACAAUCAAGAUUGUGAAGAAGCCUAAAGAUGUGACAUCACUAUUGGAUGCCACUGCCUCUUUUGAGCUGAGUCUGUCCCAUGAUGACAUCCCUAUCAAAUGGAUGUUCAAUAACAAGGAGCUUAAACCAAGUGAAAACGUCAAAAUACUGUCUGAGAGAAAAGCUCACAAGCUGACCAUCCAGAAUGUGAAGACUGACAACCAUGGAGAGUACACAGCUGUAGUUGGAAACCUGCAAUGCAGCGCAUCUUUAUAUGUUGAAGCUCUGCGUGUCACAAAACCCAUCAAGAACAUUGAAGUCCCAGAGACCCAUGUGGCCACUUUUGAAUGUGAAGUUUCACACUUCAAUGUCCCGUCCACUUGGCUAAAAGAUGGAGUGGAGAUAGAAAUGAGUGAAAAGUUCAGGAUUGUGGUGCAGGGCAAACUUCACCAGCUCAAGAUCAUGAACACUAGCAGAGAAGAUUCUGCAGAAUACACAUUUGUCUGUGGAAAUGACAGAGUCUCCGCCACUUUGACCGUCAAUGCCAUUUUGAUCACCAACAUGCUGAAAGACCUCAAUGCACAGGAGAAAGACACAAUCACAUUUGAAGUGAAUGUCAACUAUGAGGGCAUCACCUACAAGUGGCUCAAGAAUGGUGUUGAGAUUCCCUCCACAGACAGAUGCCAGAGCCGCACCAAACAGCUAACUCACUCGCUCACCAUCCGAAAUGUUCAUUUUGAUGAUAGUGCGGAGUACAAGUUUGUGGCUGGUUCUGCUGCGUCAGUAGCAAAGCUUUAUGUUGAUGCUCGCGUUAUUGAAUUCACCAAGCAUAUCAAAGAUAUCAAGAUUACAGAGAAGAAGAGGGCCACUUUUGAAUGUGAGAUCUCUGAGCCUAAUGUUCAGGUGAUGUGGAUGAAAGAUGGACAAGAGCUGGACAUUUCCGAAAGAUACACCGUAUCCACUGAGAAAUUCCUGCACCGUCUAAUGAUCCAGUCAGUCCGCAUGUCUGAUGCCGGAGAAUAUUCUGUCGUCGCUGGUGCAAGCGUGUCAAAGGCUCAUCUCACCGUGGAGGGCAAAGAUGUCCGCAUUACAGAGCCUGCUGAGAAGAAAAUGACGGUUGUUGAGAAACAAAGAACGACAUUUGAGUUUGAAGUCAAUGAGGAUGACAUUGAAGGUCGCUGGCUGAGGAACGGUGUUGAGCUCCAGUUUUCCGUUGAGCAGAGGUUUAGCUAUGCAUGCAUUAGAAAGCUCCAUCGUCUGACAAUCACAGAGACCUACAGAAGUGACGCAGGAGAAUACACCUUCAUCGCUGGCAGGAACAGGACCGUUGUGACACUUCAUGUCAACAUCCCUGAGCCACCUCAGAUCAUUAACCACAUGCAGCCCCUGUCUGUGGAGGCCGGCAAACCUGCUCGCUUCUCUGUGGAAGUGACUGGCGUCCCCCAGCCCCAGGUGUUCUGGUACAAGAACUCCCAGGCUCUCUCCCCAGGCUUCAAGUGCAAGUUUCUGCGUGAUGGAAAUGAGCACUGUCUGCUACUCAUUGAAGUGUUCCCAGAGGAUGCAGCGGUCUACAACUGUGAGGCCAAGAAUGAAGGUGGUGUUGCCACCAGUUCAGCUGCACUGAAUGUCGAAGUUUCAGAAGUUGUUUCUCCUGACACUGGAGCUCCUCUGUCCCCACCUACCAUCAUCUCACCAAUCAGCAACACCUCAACCACUGAGGGAGAGUCUGCCAGAUUCCAGUGCAAAGUUACUGGAGAAGCUCUGAAGAUGUCCUGGUACCGUGGUGAGAAGGAAAUUAAGCAGUCAGACUUCUUCAGGAUUUCUAUAUUUGAUGACACCUGCCAGCUGGAGAUCAGCAGAGUGUACUCUGAGGAUGAGGGGGAAUACACCUGUGUUGCCAGAAACGCAGGAGGAAUGGUCACAUGCUCUGCACGUUUGAAACUUGAUGUAACCCAUAUGAAGGAAGAGAUUGAAGCAACCAUUGAGCAAGAAGUCAAAGUGCCACCUAUUUUCAGGUACAAAAUUGUUCCCCUGGAGAUCAAUGUUGGCAGUGGAGCCAAGUUUGAAUGUGAAAUUGAAGAGGCACCAAAUGUGAACUUCAAAUGGUUCAAGUCUGGCACUUCGAUCAAAGAGAGUGCAAAUUGUCACAUUCUCAGUCAGCAACUGACAUCUUCAUUGGAGCUCCUGAGCCCAACCAAAGCUGACAGUGGUGAAUACACCUGCAAGGCUACAAACCAGCAUGGCAGUGACACCUGUGCUGCCAUACUGACAGUGACUGAGCCUCCAAAGUUCACACGAAAACCUGACGGUGUGUCAGUGGUGAAACCUGGGCAAAGUAAAACAUUUGAAUGCCAGGUGACUGGAACUCCAGAGAUUGAUAUAUACUGGUUCAGAGAUGGGAAUGAGAUAAGUCCUAGUGACAAAUACAAGAUGUUCUUUGAUAACAACAUAGUAACCCUGGAUAUUUGUGGUGCUGAUACUAAGGACAGUGGAAUAUAUUAUUGUGAAGCCCGUAAUGAAGCUGGCAGUGAAAGCUGCAAUAUGGAAUUGAAAGUAAAAGAGCCACCAUCCUUUGUUAAACAGUUAUCAACUGCGGAUAUUGUGAAGGGCUCAAAUGCGUCUUUAGAUUGUCAAGUCAUUGGCACAGGUCCGUUUGAGGUCAUGUGGCAUAAGGAUUUAAAGGAAAUUAAAUCCAGCACAAAGCACAGUUUCUCACAAGUACAGGACAUUCUGAAUCUUGAAAUACAGAAAUGUGAUGGUGUAGAUGUUGGUGAAUACCAGUGUACCGUCUCAAAUGAGGUUGGAAGUUGUUCUUGUAGAACUACGCUUCGUAUAAAAGAUCGACCAUCAUUUGUGAAGAAAAUUGAAAAUGUAGCCACUGUUUUGGGCAAAUCGGCUGAAUUUCAGUGUGUUGUCACUGGUUCACCAUCUCUGUCUGUGCAAUGGCAAAGAGAUGAGAACUGGAUCUUGGAAGAUCCUAAAAUUGAACGGACAUUUGAGAAUAAUGUGGCAACUCUAAGGAUUCCGGUGUGUGAGGCCCAUCACAGCGGGAAAUAUACCUGCCAGGUGGCAAAUGAUGCUGGACAGGACAAGUGCUUUGCAACCCUCAUGGUGCAAGAACCACCUCAGAUUACAGAGAAACCAGAAGUGAUGAAAGUAACUAUUGGGGAUCCAGUCAGUUUAGAGUGCAAAGUGGCAGGCAGUCCUGAGCUCAAAGUGAAGUGGACCAAAGAUGGCAAAGAGCUCAAGUCAAGUCCACAGCACAAACUUAGCUUCGAGAACAACCUUAGUAGCCUUAAAAUUCAGACUACACAAAAGGAGGAUGCAGGCAACUAUCAAUUUGAGGUCUCAAACCACAUUGAUACCUGCAGUUGCAGAGUCAAGUUGAUUGUACUAGAACAAACUCUUCCCCCAAGCUUUACGAAACCAAUGAGUGAAAUACAGGAAAUAUUGGGAACGUUUGUUCAAAUUGGCUGCAAAAUAUCUGGAUCCCUUCCCAUUACUGUGGAAUGGCAGAAAGAUGGAAACAACAUUUCCGUUGGUGGAAAAUAUAAACUUGUUCGUCAAGACAAUUCUGUGUCUUUGGAAAUCGAACAGUUAGAGAGAGUUGAUGCUGGCACUUACUCUUGCAAACUGACGAAUACAGCAGGAAGCGUUGAAUGUAGUGGGGCACUAAGGGUGAAAGAGCCGCCAAGCUUUGUGCUGCUGCCUGAGCCCCAGGCAGCCCUUCCUAACUCCAACGUGCGAUUUAAGAGCACGUUUAAAGGCACACCUCCUUUCGCAGUGAAAUGGUUCAAGGAUGACACUGAAUUGAUCACUGGACCAUCAUGUUUUACCGGACUGGAAGGAUUAUCUUGCUUCUUAGAUCUUUACUCAGUUGGAGUUUUGCAGAGUGGAGUUUACGCUUGUCAAGUUAGCAAUGAUGCCGGCACUGAAAGAUGUAGUGCCAAUUUAACAGUAAAAGAACCUCCUGAAUUUGUGCUGAAAUUGCCAGUCACAAAGUUUGUGAAGAAGUGCGAGCCACUCCGUCUUGAAUGCAAAGUUAUGGGUGCGCCCUCUCUGCGAAUGCAAUGGUACAAAAAUGACACUAAGAUUACAGAAGGUGACAACUAUAGAACUUCAUUUGUUGACUCAAUGGCAGUCCUUGAGCUGCACACCACAAGAUUUGAAGACAAUGGAGUCUACACUUGUGAAGCAACCAAUGAAGCUGGAAGCAUAAGCUGCAGCACAACUCUUACAGUCAAAGACCCACCAUCUUUCCUCAAAGUACCUCAGCCAAUUGAAGGAAUGAAAGGAAAGGAUGCUAGCCUACACUGUGAGAUAAUUGGCACAGAACCCUUUGAGAUUACCUGGUCCAAAGACAAAACACCACUAAAAGAAAGUAGGAAAUAUAAGAUGGUGAAUGAGGGUACCUCUGCCACUCUUCAUAUGAUUGGAUUGGAAGCCUCAGAUGUUGGAGAGUAUGAGUGCAAGGCAUCAAACAGUGUAGGAUAUGAAACAUGCCAUACUACAAUUAAACUCAGAGAACCACCAACGUUUGUGAAGAAAUUGUCGAAUAUGACAUGCAUAUUGGGUGAAGAAGUCACCCUGACGGCCACUGUCAAAGGCUCUCAGCCAAUGACCGCGUCUUGGGUACAGGAUAAGGAUCACAUUCUCAGAGAUGGUGACAACCGGAAAAUUACCUUUGACAACAACCAGGUCACUCUUAAAGUCUUUAAAGCAGAUUUACUGACAAUGGGCAAAUACACCUGCCAACUCAGAAAUGAUGCCGGAGUUGUGGAAUGUUUUGCUAACUUGACUGUAUUAGAACCAGCUAAAGUUGUGGAGAGACCAGAGUCUUUCAGCGUGACUGCAGGUGAUAUUGCAGCUCUAGAAGUCAAAGUGUCGGGGACACCAGAGCUGAAACCAAAAUGGUUUAAGGAUGGAGUCGAGCUCUCCUCUGGACAGAAGUACAAAAUCUCAUUCUCAAAGAUGAUCUCCAGCUUGAAAGUUUUGUCUGCAGAAAAAAAUGACACAGGAGAAUAUACAUUUGAGGUCAAAAAUGAGGUUGGCAGUGAUCUCACCAAAUUAAACCUCACUGUACUAGAUAAAACUAUACCUCCAACAUUUACAAGGAAAUUGAAGGAUUAUCAACCUAUUGUUGGAAAAGCUGGUGAAAUGGACUGCAAAGUCUCUGGUUCCGCACCUUUCACCAUUACUUGGUACCAUGAUGGAGAGGAGAUCAAAACUGGCCCAAACUAUGAGAUUACAUUCAGUGACAACACCUGCACGCUCAAAGUGCCCACUCUUAAGUUGUCAGACUCUGGAGUGUAUAAAUGCAAAGCUAUAAACAAGGCAGGAACCAAUGAGACCAGUGCCUCUUUCAUUGUGAAAGAACCUCCUUCUUUCGUGAUGCCACCUCAGCCAUUGGAAGCAAUGCCUGGCACAAAUGUUUUGUUCUCAGCAAUUGUCAAAGGAAGUGCCCCACUGAAACUGAAGUGGUUCAGAGGCACCAAGGAAAUUUUGUCUGGAAAAGGCUAUGAAAUUGCUCUGCGGGACAGUACAGCUACUAUGGAGCUAUUCAAAAUUGACAAAUCCCACGCUGGAGAGUAUACAUGCCAGAUUAUUAAUGAUGCUGGAAAGGAAAGUUGCCCGGUUAACCUGUCUGUGAAAGAACCUGCUAGCUUUGUUAAGAAGCUGAAGGACCACUCUGUUGAAAAAGGGAAAUCAUUGGUACUUGAGUGCACAUACUCUGGAACCCCAAAGAUAUUUGUCACCUGGUAUAAGGACGGAAAACAGCUAUUUUCUUCUUAUAAGCACAAUGUCACUACCACUGAGACCUCCUGCAUCCUGGAGUGUUUAAACACCGAUGAUAAGGAAGCAAGUGGGGAAUACGCUUGUGAAGUUUCCAAUGAUGCUGGAAAGGAUACCUGCAAAGCACAAGUGUCCAUCUUAGAACCACCUCAUUUCAUUGAGAAUUUGGAGCCAAUGGAAGUGACUGCUGGUGAUGCAGUUUGUUUGAAAUGCCAUGUGGGCGGAACUCCUGAAAUAAAGGUGGCUUGGUUUAAGGCUGACGGAAAAGUGAGAUCCAGCCCCACUUGCAAAAUAGAAUAUUCCAAAGGAGUUGCUUGCUUGAAACUGAGCAAAGCAGCCAAGGCUGAUAUUGGUGAAUACACAUGCAAAGCAGAAAACAACAUAGGAUCAGCCUCAUCCACUUGCCGCCUCUCUGUCCAAGAGGCAAAAACUCCACCUACUUUCCCCAAGAAAAUAACCAGUCUUCAACAGACUGAGGGAAUGGAAGUCAAAUUUGAGUGCCGCGUGGCAGGCUCCUCGCCCAUUGAGGUCUCUUGGCUUAAAGACGGUGAAACUGUGAAAUCCACCGACUAUACCAUGAGUUAUGAUGAUAACACUGCUGCCCUUAAAAUAACCAGAGGUGAAAUGAGACACUCUGGGGAAUACACUUGUGUUGCUACCAACAGCGUUGGGACUGCAUCCUGCAGAGCCAAACUCACUCUUCAAGAGCCAAGAUAUCCCCCUGUCUUUGAUAAAAAGCUGUCACCCAUGGUGGACAUUUCAGUGGGUGAUAGUGUGGAAUUGGAAUGCCACACGACUGGAUCUUUGCCAAUAAAAGUCACUUGGUCAAAGGAUCACAAAGAUAUUCGAUCAGGGGGAAAUUACAAGAUGUCCUGCGUGGAUAACACCCCACACCUUACUAUAUUGAAAGCAGCUAAAGCAGACUCUGGCCGCUACUUUUGCCAUGCCACUAAUGACAUUGGAAAGGACUCUUGUUCCACUGAAAUUACUGUCAAAGAGCGCAAAAUCCCGCCUACCUUCACCAAAAAGCCCACAGAGACCCUUGAGGAUACAGAGGGAAAGAUGGUGAAAAUUGAGGCACGUUUGUCUGGUUCUCAGCCCAUGACCAUCAAUUGGUACAAAGAUGACAUUGAGAGGCACAGCUCUGAUCACUAUGACAUGUCCUUCAAGAGCAAUGUGGCUGUGUUGUGUAUCAAGAGCUCCGAAGUCUCAGACUGUGGCAGGUAUACCUGCAAAGCCACCAAUGAAGCUGGCACUGCCUCUUGCGAAGUGACAGUUACCAUAACUGAACACAAGAAGCCCCCUACAUUUGACCCCGCUCUCAAACCUGUCACGCUGACCGAGGGAGAGAACCUGCACCUUAACUGUCAAGUCCAUGGAUCCCCUCCUAUGAAGAUUCAGUGGAUGAAGGACAGAAAAGACUUGAAAAACACUUCCAGCACUAAAAUCAUUUUUGCAGAUGACGUUGCGUCUUUGGAGGUGAUGCGCGUAUCAAAGAAUGAUGCAGGGGACUAUCUCUGCAAGGCAACCAAUGAAGCUGGUAGUGAAUUCUGCAAGGCCAAAGUGACUAUCAAAGAGAAAUCCAAAGCAGCACCUAAACCCGCUGAAGAGGAAUCAACAGCAGCACCAGUAAAGAAACUGGACAACUUGUUCUUCAUCGAGGAGCCCAAGCCUUGCCAUGUAGCCGAGAAGGGCACUGCAACGUUCAUCGCCAAGGUUGGAGGUGAUCCCAUUCCUAACGUGAAAUGGAUGAAGGGCAAGUGGAGGCAGAUCACUCAUGGUGGUCGCAUCACUAUUGAGCAGAAAGGCCCAGAUGCCAAGUUAGAGAUCAGAGAAAUAACAAAGUCUGACUCCGGACAGUACAGAUGUGUCGCAACUAACAAAGCUGGAGAAAUAGAAUGCAACACCGACAUGCAUGUUGAGGAAAGGAAAGAGGUGGUCGGAGUUGAGGGAGACUUCAGAGCUAAACUGAAGAAGACUCCAUCUAAGCAGAAGAGUCCCCAGGAAGAGAAAGACAUUGACAUUGUAGAGUUGCUCAGAAAUGUGGACCCUAAGGAGUAUGAGAAAUAUGCCCGCAUGUAUGGAAUUACUGACUACCGUGGACUUCUUCAGGCCAUUGAGCAGCUGAAGAGGGAGAAAGCAGAAGAAAGUGGAAGACCGGAACCGGAGAGAGAGAGAGAAUCGGACGAGGAUUUGGCUGCUCUUGUGGCUGAUUUGCAAAAGAGAAUGGAACGUACUGAGCCUGUCACCGUGAAUAAGGACAUAACAGAUCAAUCUACAGUCACCAACAAGGUUGCCACCUUUGAGUGUGACAUCAAGAUCAACUUUCCAGAGAUCACCCUGUCCUGGUACAAGGGAACUCAGAAGCUUGACAACAAUGACAAAUACGAAAUCAACAUUGUUGGUGACCGUCACAUUCUGAAGAUCAAGCAGUGUCAAACGAAAGACCAGGGCAACUACCGUGUUGUAUGUGGCCCACAUAUCUCCAGUGCCAAAUUGACUGUUAUUGAGCCUGAGGUUGAGAAACAUCUGGAGGAAGUUGCGUGUAAGGAGGGGCAAACAUGUACACUGUCUUGCCAGUUUUCUAUCCCUAAUGUCAAAACACAGUGGUUUAAGAAUGGAAAGCUUUUAGAAAUGAAGGGCAGAUACUCGCAUGAGGUGGUCAACAAGAUUCAGAGGCUGUCGAUUAAAGACCUCCGACCAGAAGACCACGGACGCUAUACCUGCAGAUAUGACAACCUUGAAUCAACUGCAGAUCUAUGGGUUGAAGCUGAACAAAUUCACUUCACCAAACGUAUCCAGAACAUUGUGGUGGGCGAACGCCAAGCAGCCACCUUCGAAUGCGAGGUGUCUUUCGACAAUGCCAUCGUUACAUGGUACAAAGACACUUGGGAACUCAGAGAGUGCCCAAAGUAUAACUUCAGAAGCGAAAGCAGAAGACACUUUAUGAUCAUCUGCAAUGUAACCAAUGAAGAUGAAGGCGUUUACUCGGUCAUUGUGAGGUUGGAGCCCAGAGGGGAAGCUAAAAGCACAGCUGAGCUUUAUCUUUCAGACAAAGAAAUUGAAUUAGCAGGGGUACCCCAUGAUGUCCCUGAUUCAUCAAUACGAAUCCCUGAUAUGCCAUCUUCAGUUACUCUAAAAGAAUCUUCUGAAUACUAUUAUGAAGAAGAGAUGGAGAUGAGAGAGGUGGAAAUGAGAGAGUAUGAAAGCUGGACAGAAGAGACAGUAGUACAGAAAAUCUCUACAACCACAGCCCCGAGAGUACCUGUUGAGGAGGAGUCCGUCCAGAGUAAGAAGGUUGGAAUGAGGGAGGAAAUGCCACAAAAAGUUUCUGAAGUGUACAAGAAACCAGAGGAGAAGGCUAAACCAGCUGAGGCAGCAGUACCACAUAAAGUACCUGAAGCCAAAAAGCCAGUGGAGGAGAAGAUAACUGCAGAGGUUGUCCCAGAGAAACUUCCCUCUCCAAAAGAAGAACAUGAAGAAGCAAAGGCACCUUUCCAUAAGCCAGCUGAGAAACCUGAACAGGUUCCAUUAAAGAAAGAUGUCCCUCAAGCUGCACCCGAUGUUGCGGAGCCAAAAGCUGAGCCAAAACCAGAGCCUAAAGUUUCACCUGUGGCCAAGGUUGAACCUGAAUCGAAGGGUGCACCUAUAAAGAAACCAGAGUGUCCACCAUCCAAAGUUCCUGAGAAAGCUAAGAAACCAGAGGCUUCAAAACCAGAACCAGAAACGCCAGCGGCAGUUAAAAGGCCAGAGACUGCAUCUACUCCUUCUCCAAAGGAGCCAGAGCCUACUCCUGCUGCAAAGAAGGUCCCAUCACCACAAGUGCCAGAAGCACAAAAAAGACAGGAGGUAACUCCGCAGAGACCAGCUACCAUCCCUCAAAAAGUGGACAGAGAGGACAUAGAGCCUCAUUUGCAACCUGUGCCAGAACAAGUUCCUGUGGAAGAAAGAAAACCAGAACCUCUUAAGGUUGCCAGAAAGCCUGAAUCAGUUAUUGUGACGCCAAAGGAAGAUACAGCGCAAAAAGUAAUGGAGCCCAAACAAAAGCCUGUACCUGUUGAGAGGGUACCUGAGACAAAACCUACUGAAAAGGUACCUGUUACUAAACCUAAAAAGGAGAUGGAAGAAGAAAAGAAAGUUCCAACUUCAGAAAUAGAAGUUAUGCCACAAAGAAAAGGAACUCCGCCAGACACAGUACCAGCAGAGAAGAAGGAAUCACCUCCACAACCUGUUGAACCACUUACAAAGAAACCAGAAAUCAAGCCAAAGUCCAAGCCAGAGAAGAUAGCUAUUGCUGAAAAGCCUGCUGAGGCACUUGUAAAGAAAGUGUCUACGCCAGAGUCUAAGUCAGAACCUAGGUCAGAACUUAAGCCAGAGGCUAAGACAGAGCCUAAACCUAAACCAGAGGAUAAACCAGAGCCUAAGGUCAAACCAGACCCUAAACCAGAGUAUAAACCAGAGCUUGAAUCUAAACCAGAGGCUGAGCCAGAGGCUAAAAUAGAGCCUACACCUAAAUCAGAGCCUAAGCUAGAGGCUAAAAUAGAGGCUAAGCCAAAACCUAAACCAGAUGUUAAGCUUAAACCUAAGCCAGAGGCUAAACCAGAGCCUAAAUCUAAACCAGAGUCUAAGCUUGAACCAAAACCAGAGGCUGAGCCAGAGGCUAAAAUAGAGACUAAACCUAAAUCAGAGCCUAAGCUAGAGGCUAAAUUAGAGCUUGAACCUAAACCUGAGGCUAAACCAGAGAAGACUGUUGUUACUGUAGGGGUGAAAGACUCACCUCCACAGCCCCCUGAGCCAAUUGUAAAGAAAGUGACUACACCAGAGAAGACUGUAGUUGCUGAGGAGGUGGAAGAAUCACCUCCAAUGCCACUUGUAAGGAAAGUGGCUAAACCAGAGUCGAAGCCAGAGAAGAAGGCUAUUACUGAAGAUGUGUUUCUUUCAAGUGAAGAAGAUGUUGCAACUCGAAAAGCAAAGGAGAAGGAAUCACCCCUACAACCUGUUCGACCACUUACAAAGAAAGUGCCUAAACCAGAGAAAACAGUUGUUGCUGAGGAGGUGAAAGAAUCACCCCCAAAACCGUCUGAGCCACUUGUAAAGCGAGUGUCUUUAGCAGAGUCUAAGCCAGAGAAAACUAUUGCUGAAGAGGUGAAAGAAUCACCUCUUAAGCCGAUUGAGCCACUGGCUAAGAAAUUAUCUAAACCAGAGUCUAAGCCAGAGACCAAGCCAGAGAAGCCUACUGAGCCACUUGCAAAGAAAGUCGCUAAGACAGAGACUACGCCAGAGAAGACAGCUAAUGCUGAAGAAGAUGUUCCCAAAAAAGUUCCAGCAAAGGAAUCACCUCCAAAGCCUGCUGAGCCUCUUGCAAAGAAAGUGCCUGCACCAGAGAAAACAGCUAUUUCUGAACAGGUGGAGUCACCUCGAAAGCCUGCUGAGCCACUUCUUAAGAAAGUGUCUUUGCCAGAGUCUAAGCUUGAGCCUAAGUCUGAGCCUAAGCCAGAGAAGAAGGCUGUUGCUGAGCCUCCAAAGCCAGCGGAGCCACUUGUAAAGAAAUUCUCUAAACCAGAGAAGAAGGCUGUUGCUGAAGUGGUGUCAAGUGAAGAUGUUGCUGCCCAAAAAGUACCAUUAAAGGAGAGCAAAACAUCUCCAAAGCCCACUGAGCCACUUGCAAUGAAAGUCAGUCCUCUUGAAGAUAAGAAAAAGACUACACAGGAAACAAAGCCUGCCUUCCAAGUGCAAGAACAAGAUGAUACGGAGACAGGUGAAGGCAAGCAGGCACCUGGACCUGCUAAGAAAGUUCUCCGACAAAAAGCAAAAAUUCAUGUUGAGAAAGAAGAAACACUUGUACUGCCAACCUUGAAGAAAACAACCAGGAUAUCCAAAGAUGUGGAGCAAGAACAGGAGAUUAUAUCACUGAAGAAAGUGCCUUCAGUCCCCUUUGAAGAUCAGCCAGCGCCACCAAAGAAACCUCCUCCGAAAAUUACGAAGCAUACAAUCCAUGACUUUGAAGAGAGAGUGUAUGAAGAAGUUGAAGUAACAGUAUAUGAAAGAUAUGAGGCAGAGCAAAUCGGCAAGACAGAUAAAAUCAGCCAGAUACCUGAUGGAGCUAAAGUAAAGACACCUAAAGAGGUUGAAACAAAAGACUCAACUGAGGACAAAUGGUCUCGGAAGACCAUCCCCAAAGCUGAAAAAGAAGAGGACAAAAUUACUUUGAAGAAAACUCCCAAAGGUGUGAAAGAAGAGGAACCAACAGACCCCAGUUUAGCCCUAAAGAAAGUGUCCAGAUUGCCAUCAGAUGAAAAAGGAGAAGAAACUGUGAAGUUAAAACCGUUCCAAAAAUCUCCUAAAGCAGGAACCGUUGAGCCAGAGAAGGACAAGUACAAAGAUAAGGAAUCUGGGGCUUUCAAAAGAGGUGAGAGACCAUCAAGAGAUGAAGACAUCAAAGAACCUGUUGAUCAUAAGAAAGCUGAUAGAGUUCCUAGUGCUAAAGAAGAGUCACAGGCAGUCGAAUUAAAACCAGUGACCAAAGUUCCUGAAGAUGAACAAGUCCAGGAUUCGGACAAACCACUGACAAAGGUGAAAAGGAUUCCAACACAGGAGCAAGAGAAGGAAGUUGUUAAAUUGAAGCCAUUUUCAAAGUCACCUAAAGCUGACACUGAAGCUGUGAAGCCUGAGAAGGAGCCUGAGAAGAAGAAAGAUGCUCAAAAAACCCUUCAACAAAAGCCAAGUCCUCCAAAGACAGCACCCAUAAAGAAAAUGGAAAAGAGUCCUAAAGAGGAAGAGCCAGUACAGUUAAAAAAGGUUGAGCAGGUUCCAAAGGAACAAGAGGACAAAGAAAAAGAUAAACCCUCAAAGCAUGAAGAGACUCUUAAGAAAAUGGUAGAACUGAAAAAGACUCCUUCACCUAAGGUUGAAAAACCAAAGCCAAAAGAAAGAGAAAAAAUUACUAUGGAGAGGAAGCCCAGUGCAGAAAGGACCAACAAGCUACCCAAAGAAGUUUCACCAAAAGAUUCAUUUGAAGGUGUUACCCUCAAAAAAGUUCCAAAGAAAUCACCACAAGAGGAAACUGAUGGAGCACCACUGAAGAAGGUGCUGGCAAUGAAAGAGCUUUCCCCUAAAGCUGUACAGUUACGAAAGAUCUCGACUCAGCUGGAGGAGGAAGUAUUUGAGGAGGAGCCAGAUGUUGAGGAGGAAUCUGACAGUGAAGGUUGGGGAUGGGAACUUGCCCCUCGUGAUAGUCCUGGAUCCACAGAAGAUUUGGGAGAGGAAGGUGAUGCACUUGGAAUGCCAAGACGAGAUGGAAAGCCAGCAGAAGAAGCAGGCAGAGGCAGAGGUAGAGGUAGAGGCCUCAAAGCAGGCAAAACCCCAUCCCCUGGUGAAGGCAGGGGUAGAGGACUGAAACCCGGUGGUGGAGGAGACAAACCACCCGAUGCUAAUCCUUUCGGAUUCCAGCUUAAAGCAGUUCCACUGAAGUUCACGAAACCGCUCAAAGACAUAGUGUUACAAGAAGGUGACGCUGUUGGUGCUUCUGCUACGUUUGAGUGUGAGGUUUCACCUUCUACUGCAGUAACUACAUGGAUGAAAGAUGACAGCAACCUAAGAGAGAGUCCAAAACACAAAUUCACCUCUGAUGGCAAAGAUCGCAGACUAGCCAUUAUUGACGUCCAACUUUCUGACACUGGAGAAUAUACCUGUGUGGCCAAGCUGGGCAACAAGGAAAAGACAACGACUGCUAAACUCAUUGUUGAAGAACUGCCCGUGAAGUGGGUGAAGGAGUUGGAUGAGGAGACGUCAGUCCUGAAGGGGCAGCCUAUGUACCUGACCUGUGAGUUGAACAAGGAGAGAGAAGUGACCUGGAUGAAGAGUGGUAAGGUCCUCAAAGUAAUCCCUGGAAAGGUGGCCAUCAACGUCAUUGGAAUGCAACAAGCCGUUACGAUCCAGAACACGGGCGAUGACGACGCUGGAAUCUACGCAUGCGAGUGUGAACUCAUCAGGACCAAAACAACUGUCAAAAUCAUUGAAAUUAUCAGAGACUGGUUGGUGAAACCAUUGAGAGAUCAGCAUGUGAAACCCAAGGCCAAUGCCACUUUCAAGUGUGAGCUCUUCAAAGAAACCCCCAACUGGAAGUUUUUCAAAGGCAACGAUGAGAUUACUAAUGAUCCUACUGACAAGACUGAGGUCAAGAAAGAAGGAAAAGUCUUGACUCUCACAAUAAAGAAUGCACAGCCCGACGAUAUCGGAGAAUAUGCCAUGGAAGUUGAAGGUCACAGAUACACAGCUAAACUGACUCUUGGAGAACGUGAAGCUGAGAUCUUGAAGCCUCUCUCCAGUUGUGAGGUGGUCGAGAAAGAGGAUGUUACAUUUGAAACGGAGAUAUCUGAAGAGGAUGUGCCUGGAGAAUGGAAACAUAGAGGGCAGGUCUUAACAAGAUCACCGACAUGUGAGAUCAAAAUGGAGGGCAAGAAACGUUUCCUAACUCUGAAAAGUGUUCCACUGGACGCGUCUGGUGAAGUGUCUUACACAGCUCUGAAUGCUGUCACUAGUGCUGUGCUCACAGUCAAGGAACUGGAAAUGGACUUCACAGUCCCCUUGAAGGACGUGUCUGUACCUGAAAAGAAACAGGCUAUGUUUGAGUGUACUAUCACAAAGGAUGUGCCUAAAGUCAUGUGGUUUAAGGGUUCUGACACCAUUGGUACAUCAGACAAAAAAUAUGAAAUGAUCAAUGAUGGAAAAAAACACAUGUUGGUCAUUAACAAUUGUGAGUUUGAUGAUGAGGGAAUUUACAGUAUUGAAGCCUCGGGCAAAAAGUCAACUGCUACACUCACUGUGGAGGGUAUGAGGCUCAAAUUUGAAUUGCCACUUCAGGACCAAACUGAGAAGGAAGGUAACACUGCUCGGUUUGAGCUUGAGCUCUCUCAUGAGAAUGUACCUGUGACAUGGUACAAAAAUGAAACCAAACUCCAUGUGAGCCGAACCGUGCUCAUCUAUAGUCGUGGAAAGAAACAUACACUAGAAAUCAAGGAGUUGACUCUAGAUGAUAUCUGCCAGAUUAAGGCAGAGGCUAAAGGAAUUCCCUCAAUGGCAAACCUGACGGUGAUAGAGGGUGAUGCAUACUUCGUAGUGAAGUUGCAGGAUUAUACUGCAGUCGAGAAAGACGAAGUAACUCUGGACUGUGAACUCAGCAAAGAUGUCCCAGUCAUGUGGUACCAUAAUGAGACUGAAAUUAAGGCCUCUAAGAUGGUAACCAUAAGUGCUGAAGCGAAUCGAAGAGUGUUGUCCAUUAAGAAAGUGGAUGACAGAGAUAAGGGACAAUACAUAUGUGAUUGUGGAACGGACAAAACCCUGGCAAAUAUUAACAUCGAGGCUCGAGAUAUAAAGAUAACUCGCCCAAUGUAUGGCGUUGAGGUCUUUGAUGGUGAGACCGCUCGUUUUGAGGUAGAAAUCUCUGAAGAUGAUGUCCAUGGCCAGUGGAAACUGAACGGAGAAGUCCUUACUCAAUCCCCUGACAUUGAAAUCAUAGAGGACGGUGCAAAGCACACGUUGAUAUUGUACAACCUCAAGGCCCCCUUGUCAGGGGAGAUUGGAUUUACAGCUGCCAAUGCUAAAUGUGUUGCUAAUCUGAAAGUGAAAGAGAGUCCUAUUACAUUUGUCACACCUUUGAGUGAUGUGCAAGUGUAUGAAAAGGAUGAGGCCAGAUUUGAGUGUGAGGUGUCAAGAGAACCCAAGAGCUUCCGUUGGUUCAAGGGAUCUCAUGAGUUGACAGCUGAUGAUAAGUUUGAUAUUACCCAUGAGGGAAAAAGACACACUCUGGUGGUCAAAUCUGCCGCAUAUGAGGAUGAAGCUAAGUACAUAUUUGAGGCAGAGGACAAGAGAACCACUGGCAAACUAGUUAUCCAAGGAAUUCGCCUUGAGUUUGUCAAGCCCAUUAAGGAUGUCACUGUCAAGGAGCGUGAGACGGCAGAGUUUAGUAUUGAACUCUCACAUGACAACAUCCAGGUCACCUGGUACAAGAACGGUGUGCGUUUGCAUCCCAGCAAAGUUGUGCACAUGUCAGACGAUGGCACGAUGCACAAAUUGACCUUCAAGGAGGUGUCCAUUGAUGACACAUCAAUGAUCAAAGUAGAAGCCAUGGGCAAAAGCUCAGAGGCCAUGCUCACAGUCCUCGAGGGAAAGCCUUACUUCACGACAAAACUGCACGACUACUCAGUCACUGAGAAGGAUGAACUGACAAUGGUUUGUGAACUGAGCAAGCCCAAUGCAGAGGUGAAAUGGUUCAAAGGUGGCCAGCAAAUCACUCCCUCCAAGAAUGUGGCCAUCAAAGCCGAUGGAAAGAGGCGUAUGCUGAUCAUUAAGAAGACAGAGAAAGCCGACAUUGGAGAAUACACCUGUGAUUGUGAUUCGGAUAAAACUACGGCCAAGCUCAACAUUGAAGAGCGUGACAUUAAGUUUGUCAGGCCCCUGUACAGCGUGGAAGUCACAGAAACUGAAAUUGCCAAGUUUGAGACUGAGAUCUCUGAGGAGGAAGUACAUGGUCACUGGAAACUCAAGGGAGAGGCCCUUCAUCAGUCUGCUGACUGUGAGAUUAAGGAGGAGGGUACAAGGCAUGUGCUGAUCCUGUACAACGUUCGCAUGGAUCAGGCCGGAGAAGUUGACUUCCAGGCUGCCAAUGCUAAAUCCAAUGCUCAGCUUAGAGUUAAAGCGCGAGUGAUCGGCCUGCUGCGGCCUCUCAAGGAUGUAACUGUUACUGCCGGGGAGACCGCCACUUUCGACUGUGAACUGUCAUAUGAAGGAAUUGCUGUGGAAUGGUUCCUAGGGGGUGCAAAGUUGGAGCCAAGUGACAGAGUGGUCACCCGAGCAGAAGGCAAAACUCACACUCUGACUCUCAGAGAUGUCAAGAUUUCAGAGGAUGGGGAAGUUAAACUCACUGCAAAGGAUUUCCAGAUUGAGGCCAGACUACAUGUGAAUGAGCCACCAAUUGAGUUCAGCAAGCCUCUGGAGGACCAGACAGUUGAGGAAGAGGCUACUGCUACUUUGGAGUGUGAAGUCUCCAGAGAAAAUGCUGAGGUCACGUGGUUCCAGGACGGACAGGAGAUACGCAAAACUAAGAAAUAUGACAUUGUUGCCGAUGGCCGCAAGAGAAGACUAAUCAUUCAUGGCUGCACUCUUGAUGAUUCAAAAACAUAUACCUGCGACGCCUCAGAAUUCAAAACCUCUUGCUUCCUUAACGUUGAACCUCCACAUGUUGAGUUCUCUACGCCACUCCAUGAUGUUGAGGUCAAAGAAAAAGACUCUGCCAGAUUUGAAUGUGAAGUAUCUCGCGAAAAUGUCAAGGUCCGUUGGUUGAAGGACAGCAGUGAAAUCAGAAAGGGAAAGAAAUAUGAAAUAAUUGCCGAAGGUCGCAAACACAUUCUCAUCAUCCACAAAUCAGUGUUCGAUGAUGAAGCAGAAUAUGAAUGUGAUGCAAAGGUCUCCAAAUCCUCCGGCAUGCUUACAGUCAUUGAGGAAGAGGCUAGGUUCACCAGGAACCUGUCUAACGUGGAGGGAACAGAAACAGACAGCGUGAAGAUGAUUUGUGAAGUGUCAAAGGCCGAUGCUGAUGUCAUGUGGUAUAAAGGAGACCAGGAACUGCCAGAGGGAGGAAGAUACGAUCAGAUCGUAGAUGGCAGGAAGAGGAUACUCAUCAUUCAGGAUCUCAAAACAGAUGAUGCUGGAGAGUACCAUUGCAAAUUGUCCAGCUCACAGACAACUGGAAACCUGAAAAUAAAUGAACUGGCUGCUGAGUUUAUCUCCAAGCCUCAGAGUCAGGAGGUGGUUGAGGGAGAAAAGGCUGAGUUUGUCUGCUCAGUCUCUAAAGACACAUUCAUUGUCAAAUGGAUGAAGGAUGAUCAGGAGCUAGAAAAAGGGGACAAGUACGACAUUGUCUGUGAUGGCAAGAGAAGAAUACUUGUUAUCAAGAACUCUGAACCCAAGGAUGAGGGAGCCUAUGUUGCCCUCAUUGGUACCACCAGAGCUACAGCUGACCUGUCUGUUCUUGAAAAACUCAGGAUCAUUACACCAAUCAAAGACACAGAAGCUAAAGAGGGACAAGAGAUGGUCUUCAACUGUGAGGUGAACUCUGAGGGAGCUAAAGCUAAGUGGCUGAAGAACGAUGAGACCAUGUUUGAGAGCAGCAAGUUCGUCAUGAUCCAGAAAGACAACGUGUUCUCUCUGAGGAUCAAGGAUGCUGAGAAGUCAGAUGAAGGGAACUAUACUAUUACAUUGACAAACCACCGUGGUGAACAUGCCAAGAGCUCUGGCAAACUUACCGUAAAAGAGGAGAGUCUGAAGAUCAUUGUACCUCUUGAGGACUGCGACACACAGGAAAAGAAGACUGUUAGCUUCUCUUGCAAGGUCAACAGGCUGAAGGUUACUCUGAAAUGGAUGAAGGCUGGUCAGGAGAUCACACUCAGCAAACGCAUCCUCUACAGGGUGGACCAAUACAAGCACACACUGACCAUCAAGGACUGUACUCUUGCUGAUGAGGGUGAAUACACCGUCAUGGCUGGUGAUGACAAGUCUACAGCUGAGAUGAUCAUCAGCGAAGCCCCCACUGACUUCUCCGCACAACUCAAAGACCAGACCAUCACUGAGUUUGAGGAUGCUGAGUUCACCUGCAAACUCACCAAGGAGAAGGCUGAGGUGAAAUGGUACAGGAAUGGACGUGAGAUCAGAGAGGGACCCAGGUACAUCUUUGAAAAAGAGGGCAAGACCUGCAGGCUGCGUAUCAAGGAGUGCAGACCAGAUGAUGAGUGUGAAUAUUCUUGUGGCGUCGAUGAAAGGAGAUCACAUGCCCAACUCUUUGUUGAAGAGACCGCAGUUGAGAUUGUCAGACCACCUCAGGAUGUGUUUGAGCCUCCAGGCUCUGAUAUUGUGUUUGAGGUGGAGCUCAACAAAGACAGAGUUGAGGUCAAAUGGUUGAGGAACAACAUGACCAUUGUCCAGGGUGACAAGUACCAGAUGAUGAGCGAGGGCAAGAUCCACAGACUCCAGGUGUGUGAGAUCAGGCCUCGUGACCAGGGAGAGUACAGAAUCAUCGCCAAAGACAAGGAUGCCAGAGCCAAGCUGGAACUGGCAGCUAAGCCAAAUAUCAAGACUAUGGAUCAGAGCUUAGUAACAGAUGCUGGAAAGCCCAUCGUCAUGGUCGUGCCCUACAGCGCGUAUCCUAAAGCUGAGGCUGAGUGGUUCUAUGAUAACGUCAGCCUGCCCAAGGACAACAUCCACACCGUUGGGGACAGCACAGAGUACAGGCUGAAGGACCCUAAGAAGUCCGAUCAGGGACAUUACAAGGUUAUCAUCAAGAACAAACACGGACAGGGAGAGGCAUUCAUUAAUCUGGAUGUCAUUGAUGUCCCUGGACCCGUGAAGAGUCUUCACGUGGUUGACACCGCCGAUGGUGAGGUCAGCCUGGUCUGGGAAGAGCCAGAGAACGAUGGUGGCAGCAAGAUCAUUACAUACUUGGUGGAGAGGCGUGAUGUCAAGCGCAAGACAUGGACUCUUGCAACUGACCGCUCCGACGCUCCAGAAUACACUGUCACCGGACUCCAGAGGGAAUCCAUGUACCUAUUCCGUGUUUGUGCUCGCAACAGAGUGGGCAGUGGACCAAAUGUUGAGACAGAGAAACCUGGUGUUUAUGCCAAGAACAAGUUUGAUGUUCCUGAUGCUCCUCAGGAUGUGAGUGUUGGAAACGUGAGUAAGUUUGGUGCCACAGUCUCCUGGGAAAAACCAGUGUCUGACGGAGGGUCUGAGAUCACAUCCUACAUCAUUGAGUCCCGUGACAGGACCUCUGUGAAGUGGGCCGUGGCUAUGAUCACUAAAGCAACAGAUCGCAGCGCGAUCAUCAACGAUGUCAUUGAGAACAAGGAAUACAUAUUUCGUGUCAUGGCUGAAAACAAGGCUGGCAUUGGCAAACCAAGUGCUGCUACCAAUCCAGUUAAGAUCAUGGACCCCAUUGAGAGGCCAAGCCCACCACAGAACCUGGUACCCUCAGAGCAGAACAAGAACUCAGUCCAGCUGACAUGGGAGAUCCCAUUGAAGAAUGGAGGCAGCAUGAUCACUGGCUACAUCAUUGAGAGAUGUGAGGACAAAACAGACCAUUGGCUCAGAUGCAAUGCCAGGCUCUGCCAGGAUCUCACAUACAAGAUAUCUGGCCUGAAAUAUGGUAAAAAAUACAACUACAGGGUGAUGGCUGAGAAUGCAGCUGGAGUGUCUGACCCAUCCAACACACUGGGACCCAUGCUGGCUGAUGAUACACAUGUUGGCCCCACAAUGGACCUGAGUGGAUUCAAGGAUGGCCUGGAGGUCAUUGUUCCUUAUCCCCUUACUAUCCGUGUCCCUAUCUCUGGAUAUCCCACACCAAACGCAAAGUGGAGCUUCGCUGAUAAGGAACUCACUGCUGGUGAACGUGUGUCCAUGAUUACAAAGAGUACCUACGUAGAACUGACCAUCACUCCAAGUGUGCGUCCAGACAGAGGUGUAUACACUCUUACUCUGGAGAAUGAUAUUACCAGUUGCUCCGGAGAGAUUGAAGUCAUUGUUAUCGCAUCCCCAAGUGCACCCAAAGACUUCAAGGUUGCCGAGGUGACCAGACAGCAUGUGCACCUGAUGUGGGAGGCGCCAGAGCAUGAUGGAGGAAGCCCUCUGACUGGCUACCAGAUUGAGAAACGUGACGUAUCCCGCAAGACCUGGGUCAAGGUGAUCACUGGUGUUCAAGACCAGGAGUUCACUGUCACUGAUGUCGUUGAGGGUAAAGAGUAUCUGUUCAGGGUUACUGCCUGCAACAAGUGUGGCCCAGGAGAGCCUGCCUACAUUGAUGAGCCAGUCAAUGUGUCCUCCCCUGCCACCGUGCCAGACCCACCUGAGAACCUGAAAUGGAGGGACAAGUCAGCUUCUGGCAUCUUCCUGACCUGGGAACCACCCAAGUGGGACGGCGGUACUGGAAUCAAGGGCUACAACAUAGAAAGGUGCCAGCGUGGCACAGACAAGUGGGAGUCCUGCGGAGAUCAGGUCCCUGAGUUGAAAUUGCAAGUGACUGGUCUCAUUGAGGGACAGUGGUACGCCUACCGUGUGAAGGCCUUGAACAGACUGGGUGCCAGCAAACCCUGCAAGGCUACAGAUGAGAUUUUGGCUGUUGAUCCUAAAGACCCCCCAGAGAUUCUUCUGGAUGUUAAAUGUCUUGCUGGACUCACCGCCAAAGCUGGCUCUAAGAUUGAGCUUCCAGCUGAUGUUCUUGGAAAGCCCGUACCUAAAGUAAAAUGGACCAAGGGUGACAUGGUUCUGAAGGGUGACGAUAGAGUUUCUAUUGACGACAAGCCUGGUCACUCCGUUGUUACUAUCAGCAAGACAACAAGAGAGGACACAGCUACCUACAUCAUUGAAGCACACAACAGCUGUGGCCGUGCUACUGCAACCGUUGACGUCAACAUUCUAGAUAAGCCUGGUCCUCCAGCUGCGUUUGAUAUCUCUGAGAUCACCAACAAGUCCUGUUUCCUGGCCUGGAACCCUCCCAGAGAUGACGGAGGUGCAAAGGUCACUAACUACAUAGUGGAGAGGAGAGCUGCAGAAAGCGAGAUCUGGCACAAGCUCUCCUCCACUGUCAAAGAGACCAACUUCAAGGCCCUCGAUCUGACGGCUUUCAAGGAAUACAUCUUCAGAGUGUUUGCUGAGAACCAGUUUGGUAUUGGUGUGCCAGCGGAACAUGUGCCAAUCAUUGCCAGAUAUGCCUUUGAUUCUCCUGGUGCGCCAACCAAGCUGGAGCCUUCUGAUAUUGUUAAAGAUGGCCUGACUCUGAAUUGGUAUGAGCCUGAAGAGGAUGGUGGCAGUCCUAUCACUGGGUACUGGGUUGAGAGGUUUGAACCAGACCAGAACAGAUGGAUCAGAUGCAACAAGAUCCCAAUCAGAGACACAACAUUCAGAGUCAAAGGACUACCCACAAGGAAGAAGUAUAAGUUCAGAGUCUUGGCUGAGAAUCUCGCCGGACCUGGAAAACCAAGCAAGGAAACUGACCAGAUCUUGGUCAAGGAUCCUAUUGAUCCUCCAUGGGCUCCUGGUAAGCCAACCGUCAAAGACGUGGCCAAGACCUCUGCCUUCCUACAGUGGACCAAGCCUGAGCAUGACGGUGGUGCCAAGAUCGAGGGCUACAUCAUUGAGCUCCUGAAGAGUGGAACUGAGCAGUGGGUCCGUGUUUCAGAAGGAAUCAAUAUCCUGGAGCACUUCCUGAGAGGCCUGAUGGACAGACAGGAGUACUCCUUCAGGGUCAUUGCAGUCAACAUCGCUGGGGAGAGUGAUCCCAGCGAGCCUAGUGAUCCAGUUCUGUGCAAGGAGAGACUCAAUCCUCCUACACCCCCACGCUGGCUGGAUGUCAUCAACAUUUCCAGUAACAGUGCUGAGCUGAAGUGGACAGUACCAGAGAAGGAUGGUGGUUCACCCAUCACCAACUACAUUGUUGAGAAGAGGGACGUCAGGCGUAAGGGCUGGCAGGCAGUGGACACUACUGUGAAGGAGCUGAAGUACACGGUCACUCCACUGAAUGAAGGCUCCCUCUAUGUGUUCCGUGUGGCUGCUGAGAAUGCUGUUGGACCCAGUGAAUUCUGUGAACUGGAAGACUCCAUUAUGGCUAAAGAUACUUUCACUACCCCUGGACCACCAUAUAAUCUCUCUGUCCAUGGAGUGUCAAAGAGACAUGUUGACUUGCAGUGGGACGCCCCCAAGAAUGAUGGUGGAAAACCAGUUCUGAGAUACUCAAUUGAAAAGAAGGAGAAACUGGGCACCCGCUGGGUGAAGUGUGGUAAGACCUCAGGUGCUGACUGCAAGUACAGAGUGACAGACGUCAUUGAAGGAACCGAGGUUCAGUUCCUGGUUCGUGCUGAGAAUGAGGCCGGUGUUGGACACCCUAGUGAACCAACAGAAAUCAUUGCUAUUGAAGAUCCAACAGGUGUACCCUCUCCUCCAAUUGAGCUUCACAUCACUGAAGCCAGCAGAGACCAUUUGUGUAUUGCUUGGAGACCACCAGAGAGAACUGGCGGCAGCCCUGUAACUGGCUACCAUAUCGAGCUCUGUGAGGCUGGUACUGAGAAGUGGAUGAGAAUCAAUUCUCGCCCAAUCAAGGAGCUCAAAUACAAAACAGAGGAGGGCAUCAUCCCAGAGAAACAAUACGUCCUGAGAGUCCGUGCCAUAAACUCUGUUGGAGUUAGUGAGCCAUCUGAUAUCUCUGAGAAGGUCUAUGCCAAGGACUCUGACUGCAUCCCAAUCCUUGAGUUCCAGACUAAGGACAUUGUGAUUGUUGAGGGAGAGAAGUGGUAUCUCCCCAUCCCAUUCAGAGCAGUGCCCAAACCCAAGAUCACCUGGCACAAAGACGGAAAGGAGCUGAAGGACGAUGAGAGAAUGACCUUCAGACAGGAGUACCUCUCCUGCCAUCUGGAGAUCGAGAGCUGUCUGCAUGCAGACGCCGGCCAGUACAAGGUCACACUGGAGAACUCCUUGGGAACUAGCAGCGGAACAAUCAAUGUUAAAGUUGUUGGCCUGCCCGGUCCCUGCAAAGACAUUGUUGCCAGUGAAAUCACCAAGAGCUCUUGCAAGAUUUCCUGGGAUCCUCCCAACUAUGAUGGUGGGAGCCCUGUUCUCCACUAUGUGCUACAGCGCAGAGAGGCAGGCCGGAGGACCUAUGUCAACAUGAUGUCUGGAGAGAACAAAGUCAGCUGGCCCGUCAAGGACCUGAUCCCCAAUGGAGAGUACUACUUCCGGGUCAAAGCUGUCAACAAGAUUGGUGGUGGGGAGUACCUUGAGCUCCGCAACCCCGUGAUCGCAGAGGAUCAGAAACAGCGCCCUGACCCUCCAUUAGAUGUUGAGACCCACAACCCUACUUCUAAGACUAUCACCCUCACAUGGAAACCACCUAUGUAUGAUGGGGGCUGCAAGAUUAUGGGCUACGUUCUGGAGAUGAUGAUGAAGGGUGAUGAGAACUUCACAAGAUGCAACGACUUCCUUGUGCCUGUGCUGUCCUACACAGUGAGGAAUCUCAGAGAGGGAAAACAAUACCAGUUCCGUGUACGAGCUGAGAACGCUGCCGGAGUCAGCGACCCAUCACGCAGCACACCAAUAGUGAAGGCUUCUGAUGCUGUUGAAACACCCAAGGUGUUCCUCAGUGGAAGCCUGCAGUCCGGUAUGAGCAUUAAGAGAGGUGCUGAGAUCAGACUGGACGCCAACAUCUCUGGAUCCCCAUACCCUCAAAUCACAUGGUAUAGGAACGACGUGGUCAUCAGACCUGAAGCCAUGAAGAAGAGACCAGAGAAACCCUUUGUUAAGAAGAAGGAGGUGAAGAAGGAGGAAAAGAAGGAAGUGAAGGAAGGAGAAAAGAAGGAAGUCAAGGAGGGAGAGGUUGAGACUCCAGCUGCAGAGGCCCCAGCUGCAGAGCCUGCCCAUGAAGAGCCUGAGGAGGAACUCCCUGACUACCCAACCCUCCAGGAACGUCUCACCAUCCAUGACAAGAAGAGGGGAGAAUCCUCUUGCAUUGUCAGGGACACCAUCAGGGGUGACCAUGGCGUGUACACUAUCAAGGUCGAGAACGACCAUGGUAUUGCCUCUGCAACUUGUGAAGUCAAUGUGCUAGAUGCACCUGGUCCUGCAAUCAACUUCAGGUUUGAGGAGAUCAGGAAGAACUCUGUCAUCUGCAAGUGGGAUCCUCCCAUUGAUGAUGGUGGCAGUGAGAUACUGAACUACACAUUGGAAAGGAAGGACAACUCCAAGGUGGAGAUCGGAUGGAUCACCGUAACCUCAACGCUCAGAGGAUGUAGAUACCCCGUGACCAAACUGAUAGAGAAGAAGGAGUACAUCUUCCGGGUCACUGCUGAGAACAAGUUUGGUCCUGGACCACCAAGUAUCUCUAAGCCAAUUAUUGCCAAGGAUCCAUUUGACCCACCAGAGGCUCCAGAGAAGCCUGAGAUUGACGGCAUCACAGCCAACUCCAUGCUGGUUACCUGGGAGGCGCCAAAUGACAUGGGCAGCCCCAUCCUUGGUUACUGGGUGGAGCGUCGUGAGAUCAACAGCACCCAUUGGACCAGAGUCAACCGGGUAAUUUUGGAGGAUACAGAAAUGAAUGUGGAAGGCCUACUGGAGGGUCUGACAUAUAUCUUCAGGGUGGCUGCUGAGAACCAAGCUGGGCCUGGGAAGUUCAGCGUCCCGUCUGAUCCCAUGACAUGCCAGGAUCCAAUCUUGCCACCUGGACCACCGUUCCCAAGAAUCCUUGACACCACUGAGUCUUCCAUUGAUGUGGAAUGGGAUCCUCCUGCCUCCAAUGGAGGUGGAGACAUCCUGGGAUACCAUGUUGACAAGACCCUAGCAGGCACCAAUGACUGGUCCCGCUCCACAGAGAGACCCUGGAAGACCCGGGCCUUCACUGUGUAUGGAGUCAGAGAAGGAGCCAAGUACCUGGUCCGUGUGAUCGCAGUCAAUGGAGCUGGUGAAGGAACUCCUGGCUUGACUGAAUCAGUCUUUGUCAGAGAUCCUAAAGAGGCUCCAGUGGUAGAGUUGGAUCUCACUGUGAGGAAUGGCGUAAUGAUCAGAGCUGGGGAGCCACUGAUUCUGCCUGCCCUGGUCACUGGUAAACCUCCUCCAGACAUAAAAUGGACCAAAGAUGACGGUCCACCUGAAAAAGACCAUGUCCAGAUAGAAAAUGUUGGAAAGGAAAGCACUCUCAGUAUCAAGGCCGCCACGAGAAAGGAUCCUGGCAAAUACCAGAUCAGUGCAAGAAAUAGCAGCGGAAUCAAGUCUACAUGGACAAGGGUUGAUGUCAUGGAUGUUCCCGGGCCUGUGCUGGACCUGAAACCUGUGGUGGUAACCAGGAAACUGAUGAUUCUGAACUGGUCCGAUCCUGAUGACGACGGUGGCAGUGAUCUGACCGGCUUCAUCAUUGAGAGAAGAGAUCCCAAGAUGCACACGUGGAGACAGCCCAUCGAGACACCCUCAUCUAAGUGUGAGAUUGUGGGUAUUGUUGAAGGACAGGAGUACAUCUUCCGGGUUGUGGCGAAGAACAAGUUUGGCUGUGGCCCUCCUGUUGAUCUGGGCCCUAUUGCUGCAGUGGAUCCUAAAGCUCCACCAACUUCGCCUGAGAGGUUCCACUACACUGAGAGGACAAAGUCUUCCAUCAGCCUUGCAUGGAGACCUCCCCGCAACGAUGGAGGCAGUCCAAUCGUGGGCUACUUUGUUGAGAAGAAGAAGCACGAUGCCCCAGCAUUUGAGCCUUGUAACACAGAGAUGUGCAAGGACCUCUUCAUGACCGUUGAUAACCUUGAGGAGCUGUUUAUGUAUGAGUUCCGUGUCAAGGCUGUCAAUUUGAUUGGACCAAGUGAACCUGGAAUUCCACUCACCAUUGUCAUUCAAGAUGAUGAAGUUCCUCCUACUGUGAGGAUGUUAAAGACCUUCAAGGGAGAUGCCAUCACCGUCAAGAAGGGAGAGCCUAUUGAAAUCCCUGCUGAGGUGACUGGUCUUCCAAUGCCCAAGGUUGAAUGGUUGAAGGAUGAAGUCAUUAUUGCAGAGCCCACUGAGACUCUGUUGUUGGACACCAAGGAGAUCAACAGAAUCCAGUCCAACACCAAGCUUAGUAUCCCUGCAGCAGCCAGAUUGGACAAAGGCAUCUUUACAGUGACUGCCUCCAACCGUCUUGGUUCAGCUAGUCACACCAUCAAGGUUAAUGUGUUAGACCGUCCUCUGCCACCAAGGAAUGUGAAUAUUGGUAACAUCAAGGCUGAGUCCUGCAAGCUGACCUGGGACGCCCCAGAGGACGACGGGGGAAGUGAGCUCACUAACUACAUCGUUGAGAAGCUGGACAUUCUUCCUGAGGUGGAACCUGAAGAGGAAUAUGAGGAUUCUGAGGAUGAGGAGCCUAAGCCUAAAUCUGAGCCUAGACCCAUUCCUGUAUGGACGGUGAUCACCAACAGCAUCAUUGAGAAACGACUCGGGGUUUGGAAUCUGGAAACCGGUAGCCAGUACCAGUUCAGAGUGAGAGCAGAGAACAAGUAUGGACAGAGUGACGCCUGCGAAACAGAGGCCACCGUCAUCAAGGAUCUGUACGGACUCCCUGGUCCUCCAGAGAAACCAAAGAUCGCAGAGCACACCAGGUCCUCCAUGCUUGUGACAUGGGACCCUCCACGAGACAACGGUGGAUCCACUAUCUCUGGCUACUGGCUGGAGAAGAGGGAGAAAGGUUCGUCUUAUUGGGCCCGGGUAAAUAAAGCCCCAGUGACCAAGCGCGGCCCUAAGGGCUGGGAGUUCCUGGUCGUUCGUAUGAUUGAGGGGUCCGCAUAUGAGUUCCGUGUCAUGGCUGUCAAUGUUGCCGGUAUUGGACCCCCCAGUGGACCUUCCGAUCCUGCAAAUGCAGUGGACCCUCUUAUGAAACCCGGCAUGCCAGCACCACCAGAGGUCGCAGACAAAACCAAGCACAGUGUCAGCCUCACAUGGUCUCCACCUGAAAAAGACGGGGGAAGCCCCAUCAAGGGUUACAUCGUUGAGAUCCAGGAUGAAGGCAGCUCUUUCUGGAACAGGAUCACAGAUCUAGAUACUCUGCAUGAGACCACAGAGCUCACUGUCCCAAGUCUCAAAGAGCUGAAACACUACAAGUUCAGAGUCACAGCUGUCAAUGAUAUCGGCGAGUCUGAUCCAAGUCCCAAGACUGAAGUACUAAUUGAGGACAUACAUGUGGGGCCGAAGAUCCUUAUUGAUUGCAUUGUGGAAGAUUUGCUCUGCGUCAGAGCUGGUCAUGCCUUCAGAAUCCCUGCCACCAUCAAAGGGCGUCCCGUUCCUAAGGUGACCUGGGAAUACACUGGUCCAGCAAAGACCCACAAGAAGAAUCGCCUUCAUGUCCUUCCAGUUGAUUCAGAGAUUGAAUCUACUGAUACUACCUCAAACAUCACUGUACCUGUGUGCUUGAGGACCCACUCUGGAAGAUACACCAUCACAGCCAAGAACAAGGCUGGACAGAAACAUGUCAACGUCAGAGUCAAUGUUCUCGACGUGCCUGGUGCUCCUCGAGAGCUCAAAGUGACUGACAUCACCAGAGCUACCAUGAGGCUGAUCUGGAAACUGCCUGCUAACGACGGUGGCGAGAGGAUCAAGAGUUACUUCAUUGAGAAGAAGAAUGUGACAGGAAAGGCCUGGACCAUAGUAAACCAGUGCUGUUUCAGCCAGGCCUACGUUGUGGAGGGACUGCUGGAGGGACAGGAGUAUGUGUUCCGUGUGCGGGCAGAGAACCGUCUGGGAAUGGGACCUUUCACUGAGACCACUGAGCCUGCAAGGGCAAGAGACCCCAUCUACAUACCUGAUCCCCCAACCCAUGUCAAGAUCAAUCUGGUGACCAAGGAUACAGUGACCCUGACAUGGGUGCCACCUAAGAACAAUGGUGGUUCUCCUGUGACACACUACAUCAUUGAGCGCCUGAGCUGGGACACCAGCGGCCCGGAGAAAGAGACGUGGAAGCAGUGUAACAAGCGUAAUGUUGAGGAAACCAUCUUCAUCAUUGAAGAUCUUAAAAAUGGAGGAGAGUAUGAGUUCCGCGUCAAGGCUGUGAACGAGGCCGGCCCAAGCAGACCAUCUGCUACCGCUGGACCAAUCAUUAUCAAGGACCAGACAUGUGCUCCAACCAUUGAACUGAAGGAACAGAUGGAAGGUGAAGAGGGACUAGACGUCCAUAUUGUGGCUAGGAUCCAUGGCUGUCCAUUCCCCUCCCUCGUAUGGCAGAAGGCUCCCAUUGCCAAGCCUGAAGACAAAGGUGUAGUGCAAUAUGAUCAGCAUGUCAACAAGCUGGUCGUUGAUAACAAAUGUACCCUGCUGAUCCAGCAGUCCAAGAGAGACGACAGCUCCCUGUACACUAUCACUGCUAGCAACAGUCUGGGCAAAGCAUCUAAGGAAAUCAAACUCACUGUUCUAGGACGACCUGGCGUACCUGUCGGGCCAAUCGAAUUCAAAGAGGUGUUUGCCGAGAGGAUAACACUUGCAUGGAAACCACCUAGAGAUGACGGUGGCUCCAAGGUUACAAACUACGUCGUUGAGAAGCGUGAGGAAAACAGAAAGUCAUGGGUGCACGUUUCCGACGACCCCAAAGAAGGCCUGUAUACAGUUCAGAGGCUGACUGAGGGCCAUGAGUAUGAGUUCCGUGUCAUGGCUCAGAACAAAUAUGGAGUUGGCCCACCGCUGUACAGCGAACCUGAGAAAGCAAGGAAUCUGUUCACUGUCCCUGGCCAAGUUGAGAAGCCCAUAGUGGAAGACGUGACCCUUGAGUCAAUGGUGAUCAUCUGGGACGAGCCAAAAUACGAUGGUGGAUCUCCAGUUAGUGGUUACUGGCUGGAGCGUAAAGAGACGACGGCUAAGCGCUGGACCAAAGUGAACCGCGCCCCCAUCAGGGUCAUGCCCCUGGGUCAGGAGUAUGAGAUCACUGGUCUGCAGGAGGGAGCAAUCUACCAGUUCCGUGUGACCGCAAUCAACGCAGCUGGCAUGGGACUUCCUAGUGUCCCAUCGGAUCCUGUUCUUUCAAGAGACCCUAUUACUCUUCCCGGUCCCCCAACCCCCAAAGUAACAGACUGGACCAAGUCAACAGUGGAUCUGGAGUGGAUCCCACCUUUGAUUGAUGGUGGAUCUAAGGUCACUGGUUACUUUGUUGAAUACAUAAACGAGGAAAAAGAAGCAGAAAUUGAAAAACAGAAGGCAGCGGAAGCAGACAAAGUAGUAGUAAAAGCGAAAAAGGUUAAGAAAAUCAUAUUCGACGAAGAUGGAAAUGAAAUAUCAGAAUCAGAAGAAGAAGAAAAGGUAGUAGUGAUAAAAGACGGAUGGGAAAAGGCUAAAGACAAGGAGAUUAGAGGCACUAAGUUUGUUGUGUCUGGACUGAAAGAGCUGGGAAGGUACAAGUUCAGAGUGAGGGCAGUGAAUGCUGCUGGCGUCGGUGAGCCCGGUCAAGUGGCCGAAGUGAUUGAAUGCAAGGACAGAACAAUUGCCCCUGAAGUGGACUUGGAUGCCACAUUGAAGGAAAAGAUUGUAGUCCAUGCCGGUGGUACCAUCCGCCUCCUGGCCUACGUGUCAGGCAAGCCUGCACCAGAGAUCACAUGGAACAGAGAUGACCAGCCUCUACCAGCAGAGGCUAAGGUUGAAAUCACGUCAAUCAGCUCUGCUCUGGUUAUCAAAAACUGCAGACGCCAUCACCAGGGUAUAUACACCCUUAUUGCAAAGAAUGAAGGAGGGGAAAGGAAGAAGGCUGUCAUUGUGGAGGUGUUGGAUGUUCCCGGCCCAGUUGGUCAGCCCUUCUCUGGUGUGAACCUCACCACGGACUCCUGCAAGUUAACCUGGUGCUCCCCUGAAGACGAUGGUGGCUCUGCCAUCACCAACUACCUAAUAGAGAAGAGAGAGUCUGACCGCAUGGGCUGGACAGCGGUCUCUUACACGGUCACCAGGCACAAUGCUGUGGUCCAGGGUCUCAUUGACGGAAAGGGAUAUUUCUUUAGAAUCGCAGCUGAGAAUAUCAUCGGAAUGGGUCCAUUUAUUGAAUCACAACGACCAGUUCUCAUCAAAGAUCCCAUUUCUGUUCCUGAGCGUCCUGAGGAUCUAGAGGUCACAGCAAUCACCAAAGACUCCAUCAGUUUGACCUGGAGACCACCUAAGUAUGAUGGGGGUUCUGAAGUUACAAGUUAUGUGCUUGAAACUCGUCUGAUCGGAAAGGAUAACUUCACUAAGAUCGAGACUGAUGACACGCUAAUGGAUAGGAAGUUCACGAAGGGAGGUCUCAAAGAGAAUUCCACCUAUGAAUUCCGUGUCAGUGCUGUCAACGUGAUUGGUCAGGGCAAGCACUCUUUCUGCACCAAGCCAAUCAAGGUCAAAGAAGAACUUGAACCCCCAACAAUCGACUUGGACUUCCGUGACAGACUGGUUGUGCGUGUGGGAGACGUGUGCACCCUCCAGGGCCGCUUCACUGGAAAGCCAGCACCUACAAUAACAUGGACAAAGAACGAGGAAGAGCUGAAAGCAGAUGAGGAGGUCACAAUGACCAACACUAGUAAAACACUGUGCUUGGCUAUGCCCAAGGCUAAACGCGAACACAGCGGCAGAUACCAGGUGGUUGUGGAGAACAUUGUCGGCUUACGUAAAGGAAUCUGCAGUCUCACUGUUGUUGAUCGCCCCCAGCCUCCAGAGGGCCCAGUGGUCUUCAAUGAGGUCUACAGGAACUACAUGGUGAUUUCCUGGAACCCUCCUCUGGACGAUGGUGGAUGUGCCAUCUCCAACUACACCAUUGAGAAGAGAGACACAAACAGAGACCUCUGGAUGCCAGUGACAACAGCUUGCACCAGGACAACAUGCAAAGUUCCUAAGCUGAUUGAGGGCAGAGAGUACAUCAUCAGAAUUUGUGCUGUGAACAUCCACGGUGUCAGCAACCCACUGCUGUCUGCCGAGACCAAGGCUAAGGAUGUCUUCAAGGUGCCAGAUGCACCCAAACAGCCCAUUGUGAAGGAGAUCUAUAAGGAUCAAGCCCUCCUCACUUGGGAACCACCUGCGGAUGGUGGCAAGCCCAUCACUGGCUACGUCAUUGAGAGGAAGGAGACCAUGGCUAACAGAUGGACUCGCGCAUCCGGAAAAGAUCGCAUCUUCCCCAAAGUAGAGUACUUUGUUCCAAACCUCCUCGAGGGCUGUGAAUAUGAGUUCCGUGUCAUGGCUGAGAACGUUGUGGGUCUGGGUGACCCCAGCCCUCCAUCAAAGCCCAUCUUCGCCAAAGAUCCAAUUGUGCUUCCAAGCCCCCCCGUGCUGCCAGAAGCUGUGGAUUGGACAAAGGAGUCUGUCUCACUAUCUUGGCAGCCACCAAAAGACUGUGGCAGGGGAAAGAUCUUUGGCUAUCUCGUUGAGUUCAGUAAAGCUGGAGAGGAGUGGCAAAAAGUGAAUCAGACUCCUGAUUCCUGCCAAGAAACCAAGUUCAAGGUCAUUAACCUGGAAGAGGGAGAAUAUUACAAAUUCAGAGUUACUGCUGUGAACUUCGCUGGUGAAUCUGAACCCGCAUACACCACAGAUCCAGUGAAGGCAGAAGACAGAUUUGAACCUCCUGAGUUGGAUGUUGAACUGGGUAUGCCUCGUGAGUUGAAAGCCAUGGCCGGAACCCAUAUCAAUCUGGUUGCUGGAAUCAAGGGAAUUCCAUUCCCAAAAGUCACAUGGAAGAAGAACGAUAAAGACGUCCCCACAAGAGCUGAUAUUGAGGUCAAUCCAUUAGGAUCUAAAUUGGAGAUGCGCUACUGUGCCCGUUCUGACUGUGGCGACUACACUCUGAACAUAGAAAACUCAUCUGGAUCAAGGACUGCCACAUGCACAGUCCUUGUCCUUGACAAACCUGGUCCAAUCCAGCACCUGAGGGUUUCAGAGGUGAGAAGCGAUUCAGCCUAUCUCUCCUGGAAAGACCCUGAGGACAAUGGAGGAGCACGUAUUACCAACUUUGUUGUGGAGAAGAAAGAUGUGGCAUCCGCACAGUGGGUGCCAGUCUGCUCUUCGUCUAAGAAACGCAGCAUGAUGGCCAAGCACUUGAUGGAAGGAACAUCGUAUUUGUUCCGCGUUGCUGCUGAGAAUCAGUUUGGCAGAAGUGAAUACAUUGAAACAACCAAAGCUGUCAAAGCCAUGAAUCCUCUGUUCCCACCUGGUCCACCAAAGGACUUGCACCAUGUAGAUGUGGACAAGACAGAGGUCUGGCUUGUGUGGAACUGGCCUGACCGCAACGGAGGUAGUGACAUCACAGGUUUCCUGGUUGAGUACCAAGAGGAAGGAGAAAGAGAGUGGGAUGAAUGGAACACAGUCAGCAUCCCUGAGAGCCACAUCACUGGCCUCGAGGAAGGAAAGACUUACAGAUUCCGUGUAAGAGCCGAGAACGCUAUCGGACUGAGUAGACCAGACACCACUGUGCCCGUUCUCUGCCAGGAGAAGCUUGUGGCUCCAAUUGUUGAAGUUGAUGCCAAGCUGAUCGAAGGGAUCAUCGUGAAAUGUGGAAGCACAAUCAGACUCCCUGCUAUCAUGAGAGGCAUUCCUGCGCCUACUGCUAAAUGGUCCAUUGACGGAGCAGAAAUUGUUCCCGAAGGCACAGUUAAGAUUGAGAGUGACAACUAUUCAACAGUUCUCAGCGUCAAUGAUUGUUUGAGAAGUGACAGUGGAACCUAUAUCCUCACAGUGUCCAACCCUGCAGGAACCAAGACUCUGGCUUUGAAUGUGACUGUUCUUGAUGUGCCUGCAGCUCCCAUUGGACCAGUCAAUAUCCUUGAAGUUACUCCUGAGUACAUGCUUAUUGACUGGCGUGCUCCAAAGGAUGAUGGUGGAAGCCCUGUAACAGGUUAUGUUGUUGAGAAGAGAGAGGCUAAGAAAGAAACCUGGGGAGGUGUGAGCUCUGGUAGCACAGCCACAAGGCAUAAGAUCUCGCGUUUGCAGAGCGGCAUUGAAUAUGUUGUGCGUAUUCGCGCAGAGAACAAAAUGGGUAUCGGCGCUCCUCUUGAAAGUGCACCAACCGUUGCCCAACACACGUUUGAAGCCCCUGGCCAUCCAGGCAAACCAAACACAUCAGACAUUGCAGAAGAUGCUCUCACUGUUGGGUGGACCAUGCCAUUAUUUGAUGGAGGCAGUCAAAUCACUGGAUAUAUCGUUGAGCGUAGACAUAAGGGCGGAAAAUGGAUCCGUGUCAACACAACACCCUGUAAGGAUCUCAGAAUCAGAGUACUUGGUCUUUUUGAGGGAAAUGAGUAUGAGUUUAGAGUUUUCGCUGAAAACAUUGCCGGUUUCAGUGGACCUUCUCCCAUAUCAGACCCAGCAAAACCCUGUCGUCAAAUCACAGCUCCUGGACCUCCAGUUAACCCAAGAAUCAAGGACUACAGUAAAGAAAAUGCAGACCUAGUCUGGAUUAAACCCAACAAAGAUGGAGGCAGUCCAAUCAUGGGCUACAUUAUUGAAAUGCAAAAAGCCGGCGGAGAAUGGGUGAUCAUCAACAAGGAUGGUCACAUUAAGCAGUGUGCUUACAGAGUUAAAGGCCUUGAAGAACACUCAGAGUACAGGUUCCGCGUUAGUGCUGUAAAUAUGAUUGGAGUUGGAGAGCCUAGAGAAUGCCCUAAAUCGGUGGUUGCCAAAGACAUCAUGAUACCUCCAGAGAUUGAGAUGGAUGCUACAAGCCGUGAGCAUUUGACUGUCCGUGUUGGACAUAACAUCAACAUCAUCGGUUACGUGAAAGCCAGACCUGACCCAGAGAUUAUCUGGAAAAAGGGUGAUGACGUUUUGGAAACUGCCAAGCGCACAACACUAACUCAGAACUUGCCUGUUGUUCAACUGAGAAUCAAAGAGGCAACCAGAGCAGACCAUGGAAAGUAUGUUUUGAAGGCUAACAACUACAGUGGUGAAGCCAAAGCUACGAUAACUGUGAAUGUGUUGGAUAGACCUGGACACUGUCAGAAUCUGAAGGCCACCUAUGUGACCAGAGACUCCUGUAUGGUGUCCUGGGAGAACCCUGUGGACAACGGAGGCUCUGAGAUUACAAACUACAUUGUUGAGUGCCGUGAACCCAGUGUGAGGCUUUGGUCAAUGAUCUCAUCUGACUGCACUAACCGCAUGGUUAAAGCCAAACUCAUGGAGGGCCACGAGUAUCUCUUCCGUGUUUGUGCUGUGAACAAAUGCGGCCCUGGGCCCACAGUUGAGACAAAACAACCAACGCUUGCCAUCGAUCCCAUUAACAAGCCUGGUGAGCCAGAGAACUUCCGGGUAACUGACGUCGGUAAGAACUUCGUCUUCUUGAAAUGGAGGAGGCCAGACUAUGACGGUGGAAGCCCCAACAUUGGCUACGCUUUGGAGAGCAAAUUGGGAGCGGAAGAAUGGGUGCCAUUACAUGAGGAUCUGAUUACGAAUACAUUCUUCAUGGCUGACAAGUGUGUGGAAAAACAAACCUAUCAGUUCAGAGUGCAGACAUGCAAUGAAGGUGGAGAAAGUGACUGGGUGAAGACUGGUGAUGUUCUUGUCAGAGAGGAGAUCCAGAAACCAGUGCUUGAUAUCAAGUUAGCUGGAGCCCUUGUGGUUAAAGCUGGAGAGUCUAUCAGAAUUGAGGCUGGACUCAGAGGAAAGCCUCAACCAGAGGUGAAGUGGGUGAAGGACAAGGCCACAGGAGAUAACCCUAGAGUUAGUGUUGAAACGGGCACAGAUUAUUCUAAAUUUCUUAUGACCAAAUCUAAACGCACAGACACCGGAAAAUAUGUCGUCACCGCCACAAACUCUGCUGGAACCUUCACUGGAUACGCAAUUGUCAAUGUCUUGGAUGUCCCAGGGCCUGUGAGAGACGUGAAGGUGUCUGGAAUCGGAGUAGACAAAUGUAGAGUUGCAUGGGAUCUCCCAGAAGAUGAAGGUGGAUGUGAAGUUGAUAGCUAUAUCAUUGAGAAAUGUGAGACAAGAAGAAUGGUCUGGUCCACGUACUCUGCUUCACUUGUCACCAACUAUUGCAAUGUCACCCGACUAGUAGAAGGAAAUGAGUACAUCUUCCGCAUCAGAGCAGAAAACAAGAUGGGGACAGGUCCUGCAGUGGAGAGCAAACCCGUCACAGCUAGGACUCAGUUCAAUAGACCUGGACCACCAGAAUCACCAGAGAUCACCAAGAUUGGCAAAGAGGAGAUGACAGUCGUAUGGGCCCCACCAGAGAAUGAUGGUGGAAAGUCUAUCACUGGUUAUAUCCUGGAAAGGAAAGAAAAGCGCGCUGUCAAAUGGGUGCCAUGCACAAAGAGUACCAUCUCUGAGAGACGCAUGAAAGUCAGCAACUUGAUUCCCAACCACGAGUAUCAGUUCCGUGUCAAGGCUGAAAAUGAAGUCGGACUGGGAGAGCCAAGCAAACCAUGCAGACCAGUAGCAGCCAAAGAUCCAAUUGAGGCUCCUGGUCCUCCAGGCAGUUUCAAGGUGAUUGACAGCACCAAGACGUCCAUUACUCUUGGGUGGGCCAAGCCUAUCUAUGAUGGAGGUGCUCCUAUCAUUGGUUACAUGGUUGAAAUGAGAGACAAACCUGAGCCUAAACCUGAAGUGGUUGAAGCUGAAGCUGUUCCUGAAGCUGUGCCUAAAGCUAAACCUGCAGAGGAAGCUAAGCCUGUAGGUGAAGCCGAGCCUGAAGGUGAAGCUGAAGCUAAGCCUGAAGCAGCAGUAACAGGAGAAGGUGAGAAACAAUAUGAAGAGGACUCUGAGGAUGAAGCUGCUGCAGUUGCAGCUAAAGCUAAAGCUGAAGCUAAACGUAAGAAGAAAGAAGAGGGCUGGAAGAAGUGCAACACCGGUGCUGGUGUGCUGGUGCACACAGAAUUCACCAUUCCAAACUUGAAUGAGAAGCAGAUGUAUGAAUUCAGAGUCUCUGCACAGAACCAGGUCGGCUGGGGCCGCCCCGCUACACUCAAAGAGGCCGUCAACCCCAAGGAGGUCCUCGAGGCACCAGAGAUCGACUUGGAUGCAAGUCUCAGGAAGGGCUUCACUGUUAGAGCAGGCUGCCCCAUCAGGCUCUUCGCUACUAUCAGAGGAAGACCAUCGCCCAAAGUCACCUGGAAGAAGCUUGGUGUUGAUAAUGUAGUCAGGAGAGGGCACGUGGAUCAGAUUGAUACUAUGUCCUUCCUUGUGAUCCCUGAGAGCACUCGGGAAGACUCCGGCAAAUACUCUCUGACACUCUCCAACUCCGCUGGGGAGAAAGCUAUAUUUGUGCGCGUUAAAGUAUUGGAUACUCCUGGACCUGUUGGAGGAUUUGAGGUCUGUGAUGUGACAAGCAUCGGUUGUCAGCUGUCUUGGCUCCCUCCGGAUAACGAUGGUGGCUGCCAAAUCGAGAACUACAUCGUUGAGAAACGUGAACUCGACAAGAAGACUUGGUCAAAUUGUAUCAACGAUUUGAAGAAAACAAGCUUCAAAGUCACCGGCCUCACACCUGGCUGUGACUACUACUUUAGAGUUAUGGCAGUCAAUAAAUAUGGCAUUGGUGUUCCUAAAGACUCUCCAAAAGCUUAUCUGACAUCUGAUCCUAUAAGUGAACCUGAUCCACCCAAGAAAAUGGAAGUCUUGGAAGUGACAAAGAACAGUGCCACUCUGGGAUGGCUGAAACCUUUGAGGGAUGGUGGAGCUAAGAUCAAUGGCUACAUGGUUGAUUACAAAAAGGACGGUGAACCUGAAGAUAAAUGGACACCCUAUUCCGUUGUUAAAGACUUAACCAUUGUAGUUGUUGGACUUAAAGAGGGCACAAAGUACAAGUUCAGAGUUGCAGCAAGAAACGUGGCUGGAACCAGUCUGGCAAGAGAAGCUGAGGGAGUAUUUGAGGUCAAGGAGCAGCUGAUGGCACCGAAGAUCAUCAUGCCUGAUAUUGUCACAGUAAAAGCAGGAGAGAAAAUGAGAGUUGAAGCUAUUGUGGCUGGAAAACCUGCACCAUUCUGCAAAUGGAGGCAAGGAGCCGAGGAUCUGUUGACAUCUAAUCGUCGCAUGGUGCAAAAGUCUCCAAAUUGCAUUACGCUCAUCAUGAAAGACGUCUCAAGAAAGGAUAGUGGUUACUACAGUCUUUCCGCUGAGAACAGCACCGGCAAAAUCAGCCAGAUUCUUAGGGUCGUAGUACAGGAUAAACCAGGGCCUCCUGACGCUCCCCUGGAGAUCGUUGAGGUUGAUAUUGAUGCCUGCACACUUCAGUGGAACCAACCCAGUGAGGACGGUGGAAGCAACAUCACCAACUACGUCAUUGAAAAGUGUGAUGUGAGCAGAGGAGACUGGGUCAUAGCUUCUGGCUCAUGCACCACGACCAGCUACAAAGUUGGAAAGCUUACCCCUGGAAUGGAGUAUGGCUUCCGUGUCCGAGCUGAGAACCGAUUUGGUAUCUCAGAGCCAAUCUAUUCAGAGAAAAUGAUUGCUAGAUAUCCCUUCGAUGUCCCAGGCGAGCCCAGAAAUCUGUGUAUCACAAAAGUCAAGAGUGAAGCAGUGUCUCUGUCCUACGAGACCCCGUCAACGGACGGUGGCAGUCCUCUUACCGGAUACUGCAUUGAGCGCAAAGAGAGGAACAGCCUUCUCUGGGUGAAAGCAAAUGAGUCCGUUGUCCGUGGACUUGAAUACAACUGCACAGGCUUAAUGGAAGGUCUCGAAUAUGCAUUCAGGGUGUCUGCCCUCAACAAGGCUGGCCAGGGUAAACCAAGCAAACAGACUGACUGGGUCACAGCAAGAACACCCAUCGAUCCACCUGGUAAACCUGAGGUAAUGGAUGUGACAAAAAGCACUGUUUCACUUGUUUGGACUCGUCCCCAAAAUGAUGGAGGUAGCAAGCUCAUCGGAUACUAUGUGGAGUACAUGAAAAUUGGUCAAGAAGUAGAGAAAUGGGUUCGCUGCAAUGCCAACUGCCAGAACGUCAAGACAGAAGACUAUGUUGUAACUGGCCUGGAGGAGGGAGCCCAGUAUCGCUUCAGAGUUUUUGCCAAGUCAGCGAUCAACAUCAGCUUGCCUUCUGAGAUCUCAGACGCCAUCCCAGUGUUUGCAGAGAAUGUUCCCCCCAGGGUCGAGCUGGGAGUGGACAUGAAGAACAUGAUCAUAGUGAAGGCUGGAGAAAAUGUCUCCUUUGAUGCUGUAGUGUUUGGAAAACCACUGCCCAAGGUUACAUGGAAGAGAGAUGGUGUUCCAUUGAAACUGGCUGAGGGGAUGAAGAUGACACAGAAGAGACACACACACAUACUGGAAUUGUUCUCUGUCGCAAGGAAGGAGUCUGGAGAGUACACUAUUCUAGCUGAAAAUCCCAAUGGCGCUAAAUACGCCAAUAUUAAGCUCAAGGUUCUAGACAAACCAGGCCCACCAGCUGGAGUGAAAAUCACCAAGGUGUUUGCGGACCGUAUUAAGAUGAGGUGGGAGCCACCUGUUGCAGACGGAGGCUCUGAAAUCACUAACUACAUCAUUGACAAACGUGAAACCAGCAGAGCGAACUGGGCUCUGGUCACCUCCAAUAUCCAUGGUCAACUGACUGAUUGCACAGUAGAGAAACUGAUGCAGGACCAUGAAUACCAGUUCAGGGUCAGUGCUGAGAACCAGUAUGGUAUUGGGGACCCCAUCCUCACCGACCCUGUCAUGGUCAAGAAUCCAUAUGAUGUUCCUGGUCCUAGCGAGCCACCAGUUAUUACCAACAUUACAGCCAAUUCUAUGACUGUCAGCUGGAAGGCGCCAGCUGAUGAUGGUAAAGCUACUAUUCUGGGUUACAUGGUUGAGAAACGUGAAGCAUCAGAGCUCAACUGGGCUAAAGUCAACCGUAAACCAGUGAUUGACAGGAGCAUCAAAGCUGUCCAGCUCUCAGAGGGAUCUGAGUAUGAGUUCAGAGUGAUUGCCAUGAACAAAGCUGGAUUUGGCAAACCAAGUGAUGCAUCCAAUGCUGCCCUUGCCGUGGAUCCUGUGUAUCCACCCGCACCUCCUGCCUUCCCUAAAGUUGUUGACUCAACACACAGCACCAUUAGCUUGUCUUGGACCAAGCCUGCUUACGAUGGUGGUUGUGAGAUCUUCGGCUAUCUUGUCGAGUGCAAGAGAGCUGAUGCAGAACACUGGACGAAGUGCAAUGUGCCCAAGAAGCUGCAAGAAACCAAGUUCCUGGUUACUGGUCUCAUUGAUAAAACAGAAUAUGUGUUCCGUGUCUUUGCCGUGAACAAGAUCGGAUACAGCGAGCCAAGUGAAAUUCCUGGGAAACACGAGGCCAAAGACAUCCUGAUUGCCGCUGAUGCUGAGCUGGAUGCUGACCUUCGCAAGGUACUGGUCUUGAGAGCAGGAGUCACAAUGAGACUCUAUGUGCCACUGAUAGGACGUCCCCCACCCAAGGUGGUGUGGACCAAGGUCAAUGCCAACCUCAAAGAACGAGCAGGAAUCAUGAUCAAAACGUCUGAAUGGGAUACCCUUAUGUACAUUGAGGAUAUCAACAGAUAUGAUGCUGGCAAAUACAUUUUGUCGAUUGAAAACGACAGUGGAAAGAAAUCUUACACUAUCGUCGUGAAGGUCCUAGAUACUCCUGGUCCACCACUGAAUCUGAUUGUGAAGGAAACAUCUCUGAACCAUGCAUCCAUCGGCUGGGAUCCUCCUCUGAUUGAUGGAGGAAGCCCAGUGAAGAGUUACAUUGUUGAGAAGCGUCUUGCAGAGAGAAAGGCAUGGUCCUGUGUUAUAACCGAAUGCCCCAAAACUACUUUCAGGAUUCCUAACUUGGAAGCUGGACAGGCCUACUGUUUCAGAGUCUUGGCUGAAAAUAACUAUGGUAUCGGAGAAGGUUGUGAGACUGCCGGAGUUGUAAGAGCUUCAGAACUACCUGGAGCAGUUAUGGAUUUCAAGGCCCUGUCGAUCACUAAAGAUUCCAUUCAUAUUGGCUGGAAGAAACCAAUCAGUGAUGGUGGAAGUCACAUCAGUGCCUAUCUUCUGGAGCUUCAGGAAGGUGAAGAGAAGUAUAAGGAGCUAGUGAAAGGAAAGGUCAUGUCGCACAUGAUGGUUGAACUUGAAGAAGGAAAGGAGUACUCUUACAGAGUGAAAGCAAUCAAUGAGUCUGGAGAGGGUCCACCUUCUGAGCUCACUGUGAUCGCUAAAGAUCAAAUUGUUGCACCUGACUGUGACCUGAGUGGCAUCCCAGAUCUGUGCUAUGUUGCCAAGGAGGGAAGCACAGUCCGUAUCAAAGUCCCUAUUGUUGGCAAACCAGCACCGUCAGCCAUCUGGAAGAAGGGACAUGUUUCUCUGGGAGACAGUGGAAGAAUGUCAGUUGAAUCUACGCCAAUUUUGACAACUUUGCUCAUCCGUGAUUGCCAGAGAGGUGAUGCAGAAAAUUACACAAUCCUGCUAAGAAACGCAGCAGGAGUCAAAGAAGCAAAAAUGCAGAUUAGGGUGGUUGGAAAACCAGGAAUCCCAACAGGACCAUUCAAGUUUGAUGAAAUUACUGCCGAUGGAAUCACUCUGGAGUGGGGUCCACCAAAAGAUGAUGGUGGGACUGAAAUAUCCAACUACAUUCUGGAGAAGCGGCAAUCAACAGCCAACAAGUGGGCUACUGUGGCCUCCGCUAUCCAGAAGAAUACCAUGAGAGUUACCAGGCUCCAUGAUGGUACUGAAUACAUCUUCAGAGUGUUUGCAGAAAACAAAUAUGGAGUUGGAGAAUGCCUCAAAUCUGACCCAGUGGUGGCCCAGCAUCCAUUCAAUGUGCCUGACGCACCUGCACCACCAGAGAUCGUGAGCAUUCGCCAUGAGUCUGCCAUUUUGAAUUGGACUGAUCCUAAAGAAAAUGGAGGCUCACCAAUCACUGGCUAUCAUGUUGAAUACAAAGAGAGGAACAGCUUGAUGUGGAAGAGAGCCACUAAGACCCCUAUUAGAGUGAAGGACUGCAGAGUGACUGGACUGAUUGAAGGCCUGGAGUAUGAAUUUAGAGUUAUGGCAAUGAAUGCGGCCGGUUUAGGAAGGCCAAGCAGGGCAACAGAACCAGUCAUCGCCCUUGAUCCAAUUGAUCCUCCUGGUAAGCCUGAUGUCAUCAAUGUAACCAGAAGCACUGUAACACUUAUGUGGACUGCACCCAAGUACGACGGUGGACACAAACUGACUGGUUACCUGGUUGAGAAACUGGAACUGCCAGGAAAGACCUGGAUGAAAGCAAAUCAUAUCAAUGUCCAAGGCCUUGCAUUUACCGUGCCAGACCUUACAGAAGGCAGCAGCAUGGAAUUCAGAAUCAGAGCUAAGAAUGCAGCUGGCGCAAUCAGUGUUCCUUCAGAGCAAACUGAUACCCUUAUCUGCAAAGAUGAGUAUGAACCACCAAGCAUCACUAUCGAUCCAGACAUGAAGGAAGGUGUCUCUGUCAGAGCUGGGGACACCAUUGUAGUAUCUGCUUCCAAGAUCCUUGGCAAACCUCCACCUACAGCUGUGUGGUCCAAGGCAGGAAGAGAAUUCAAGACCUCAGAUAUUGUCCAGAUCACAAGCACUCCAACUACUUCAACGUUGUCUAUUAAAUAUGCAAGCAGGAAGAACACUGGAGAGUACACAAUUACAGCCAGUAACCCUUUCGGCAUCAGAGAAGAACAUGUUAAGGUCAAGGUGCUUGAUAUCCCUGGACCUCCAGGCCCCAUUGAAGCUAGCAGUGUGUCAGCUGAGAAGUGCACAUUGACAUGGUUGCCACCAGAAGAGGAUGGCGGCUGCGCAAUCAAAUCCUACACACUGGAAAAGAGAGAAACAAGCCGUCUUCUCUGGACCAAACUUGCUGAAAAUAUAUUUGAUUGCAGAUUUGUUGCAAGCAAGCUGAUCAAGGGCAAUGAGUACAUCUUCCGUGUGUCUGCAGUGAACCAGUAUGGCACUGGUGAUGGGACCCAAUCUGGCCCUGUCAAAAUGGUUGACAGCUUUGGCCCACCAGGCCCACCUGGAAUCCCAGAGAUUGACAAUGUCAGCAGAAACGCUGUUACCAUUUUCUGGAAGAGGCCAGUUAAAGAUGGUGGAAGUGAUAUUAGAGGCUAUCAGGUUGAGAGGAAAGAGAGAAGAGGAAUGAGAUGGGUGAGAGCAUCGAAGAAAACGGUCUCUGACCUACGUUACAAAGUACAAGGACUGACGGAAGGUGUUCAGUAUGAAUUCAGAGUAACAGCAGAGAACAAAGCUGGCUUUGGGGAACCCAGUGAACCAUCUGCCCAUGUGAUGACAAAGGAUAUUGUAUAUCCACCAGGACCUCCCUCCAACCCAAGAAUUACUGACACCACCAAGACAACAGCCACAUUCAACUGGGGUAAACCCCACUAUGAUGGCGGCCUGGAUGUAGCGGGAUACAUUGUUGAGCACAAGAAGGAAGGACAUGACGAUUGGGUCACAGACGUCACAAGAUUGAGAAUUACAGAAUACGUUGUGUCAGACCUGAAGGCUGGUGGAAACUACUAUUUCAGAGUUAGAGCCAUGAAUACAGAGGGAGUUGGUGAACCAGCAGAGGUUGAAGAAAUUGUUGAACUUAAGGACCGUGAGACACUUCCCGACUAUGAGCUUGAUGCUGAGUAUAGAAGAACCCUUGUUGUCAGGGUCCGUGGAUCCAUUCGUAUCUUCGUGCCAAUUAAAGGACGUCCAGUUCCUGAAGUAACCUGGAUGAAAGAUGAUGCCAUUCUUGGUAAAGGUGGUCGUGAACACAUUGAUACUACGGAGUCGUAUACUCUCCUGGUUAUCCCUGACUGCACAAGAUAUGAUGCUGGAAAAUACAUGCUGUCAUUAGAGAAUGUUGCUGGUAAGAGAGAUGGAUUUGUUAACGUCAGAGUACUGGAUUCACCAGGACCACCUGUGAACCUGAUACCACGUGAAAUCACCAAAACAAGUAUCACUAUGCAGUGGGAAAUCCCCAUUAUUGAUGGUGGAUCAAAGAUCAUUAACUACAUCAUUGAGAAGCGAGAGGCCACAAGAAAGGCUUACACAGUAAUCACUACAACCUGGCAGAAAUGUUCCUUCAAGUUUGACAACUUGGAUGAAGGCUCUGAAUAUUACUUCAGAGUAUCUGCUGAAAAUGAUCUAGGCGUUGGCGAGCCAGCAGAGACACCUGAGACAAUCAGAGCAUCUCAAGCACCUACUGCCCCUGACAAUCUGUACGUCACUGACGUGUCAGCAGACACCGCAAGCCUUGCAUGGACGAAGCCAAAACAUGAUGGUGGCAGUAGGAUUACUGGAUACGUUAUUGAAGCACAGAAGAAGGACACAGAGACAUGGACCCAUGUAACAACUGUAAAAGCUCUUGACUACACAGCCACAGAUCUCAUUGAAAAUAUGGAGUAUGUGUUCCGCAUCAUGGCAGUGAACAGCUCUGGCAGAAGUGAUCCACGUGAAAGCAGACCUGCUAUCAUUAGAGAGCAAACAACAGCGCCUGCAUUUGACCUACGUGCAGUCUACCAGUCUUUGGUCAUUGCUAAAGCUGGUGAUAACGUGAAGGUUGAAAUUCCGGUUCUGGGUCGCCCCAGACCAGCAGUUUCAUGGAAGAGAGGUGAGGACACACUUAAACAGACGCAGAGAAUCAAUACGGAUACUACUGCAACCUCCACUACUCUCCACAUCAAUGAGAUCAAAAGGAGUGAUGGUGGUCAAUAUUCGAUGACUGGCAAGAAUAUACUUGGAACAACGACAGAGACAAUUACUGUUGAAGUCCACGAUAUUCCAGGACCUCCUACUGGACCAAUUAAGCUUGAAGAAGUUUCUUGUGACUACAUUCUCUUAUCAUGGGAAGGUCCAGAGAAUGAUGGCGGUGUACCCAUUAACAAUUACAUUGUUGAGGCUAGAGAAACCACAGGCACAUCAUGGGUUGAAUUAGCAGCAACGGUUAUCCGUACAACAUUCAAGGCUGCUCGUCUCACAACAGGAAUCAUGUAUCAGUUCCGUGUUAAAGCCCAGAACAGGUACGGCAUUGGACCCUGUAUAGUCUCAGAACAAGUGGUUGCUGCUUAUCCAUUUGAUGUGCCAGGUCAACCAGGCAUUCCUGAAAUUGUCCACUUCAACAAGGAUUCUAUGACUAUUAGCUGGGAUGAACCAGCUUCCGAUGGUGGAAGCCCCAUUUUGGGAUAUCACAUUGAAAGGAAAGAGAAGAACAGUAUCCUGUGGCAGAAGAUCAGCAAGGCACUUGUAGUAGGGAACAUGUUCAAAUCAACAGGCUUGGUGGAUGGAAUCGCCUAUGAGUACCGCGUUAUUGCUGAAAACAUGGCUGGUUUGAGCAGGGCAAGCAAGCAUUCUGAGACUACCUUUGCUCUGGAUCCAGUGGACCCACCUGGCCAACCAAUAGCAUUGAAUGUAACCAGACAUGAGGUGACUCUUCAGUGGACAAGACCUGAAGGUGAUGGAGGAUUCUCAAUAACUGGGUACCAAGUAGAAAAGAGAGAACUCCCAGACGGACGCUGGCUCAAAGCCAACUAUAGCAACGUCCUUGAGACAACAUUCACUGUUAGCGGUCUCACAGAGGAUGCUACUUAUGAGUUCCAUGUUAUGGCAAGAAACUCAGCUGGCGGUCUCAGUAAGCCAUCUCUACCAUCAGAGGAAAUCACUUGCAGAGAUGAUGUUGAGGCUCCCAAACUUGAAGUUGAUACAAUCUAUAAUAGUACUGUGGUUGUGAAAGCGGGAGAUGUCUUCAAACUUGCUGCCAGCGUAACAGGCAGACCAAUACCAACACUGGUAUGGACCAAAGACGGGAAGGAACUUGAAGAUACAGCCAAGUUGGAAAUCAAACUCUAUGACUUUUCUACAACUAUAGUCAACAAAGAUUCUCUAAGAAGGUGUGGUGGCACAUUCAUUUUAACUGCCAGCAAUCCUGGUGGUUUUGCAAAGCAUACCUUCAAUGUUAAGAUUCUUGACAGACCUGGACCUCCAGAUGGUCCACUUGCUGUUACAGAUGUCACUGCUGAGAAAUGUAUCCUAUCAUGGCUGCCACCAUCACAUGAUGGAGGUGCAAAGAUUCUGCACUACAUCAUUGAGAAACGUGAAACAAGUAGACUUGCUUGGACAAAUGUAGCAACAGACUUACAAGUUAACCGGUUUAAGGUGACCAAGUUGUUGAAGGGUAACGAGUAUAUCUUCAGAGUUAUGGCUGUCAACAUGUAUGGAACUGGAGAGCCCCUUGAAUCCGACCCAAUGGUUUCUACAAAUCCAUAUGUGCCAGCUGAUGCUCCAUCAACACCUGAGGUGACGACCAUCACAAAGAACACCAUGGUUGUUUGCUGGGAACGCCCUGAUCACGACGGUGGAAGCGACAUCUUCAACUAUGUUGUUGAAAGGAGAGACAAAACCGGUCUUCGCUGGGUUAAAUGCAACAAGAGGACUGUAACUGACCUGAGGUUCAAAGUAUCGGGGCUCACACCAGGGCAUGAAUAUGAAUUCAGAAUCAUAGCAGAAAACAAUGCUGGUUUAGGUACACCAAGUCCUUCCAGUGAAUUCUACAAGGCAGUAGACACAAUCUUCCAACCUGGACCACCUGGAAAUCAAAGAGUCUUGGACACAACCAAGUCAUCCAUUACAGUUGCCUGGAACAAACCUGUAUAUGAUGGUGGUUCUGAUAUCAUUGGAUACGUUGUAGAGACCUGUCUACCUGAGGAAGAUGAAUGGACAAUUCGGACCCCUAAGAAGGGAUUAGUUGGGACAUCAUUUACCAUCACUAAUCUGGUAGAAAACCAAGAUUAUAAAAUCAACAUUUGCGCAAUUAACUGUGAAGGGGUUGGAGAGCCAGCACAAGUGCCUGGCACACCAAUUGCAGAGGACAGGCUGCUUCCUCCUGAAAUUGACCUUGGUGCAGAGCUUCGUAAGGUUGUCUGCAUUAGAGCUUGCGGCACAUUGAGACUCUUUGUACCUAUUAAAGGAAGACCAACUCCUGAUGUCAAGUGGUCCAGAGAAAAUGGAGAGCCUGUUACGAGAGCAACUAUUGACACCACAUCAUCAUUUACUGCUCUUAUGGUUGAAAAUGUUGACAGAUUUGACAGUGGAAAGUACAUGUUGACAGUGGAAAAUGCCUCAGGAAGCAAAACUGCAUAUGUGAAUGUCAGAGUGCUGGACACACCUGGAGCACCACAAAGCCUCAUAAUCAGGGAGGUCACCAGAGACUCAGUAUCACUCAUGUGGGAUGCACCCCUUAUUGAUGGUGGCUCCAGAAUUAGAAACUACGUUGUGGAGAAACGUGAAUCAACACGAAAAGCUUACUCCACAGUUUGUGCUCAAUGCGUUAAAUCUAGCUGGAAGAUUGGUGGCCUGGAGGAAGGAAACACAUAUUUCUUCAGAAUUCUGGCUGAGAAUGAAUUUGGCAUUGGACUUCCAAUAGAGACUCCUGAGGCAGUCAGAGUAUCAGAGAAACCACUUCCACCAGGCAAAGUAACCCUUGUUGAUGUUACAGGCACCAGUGUCUCUCUGUCUUGGGAAAAACCAGAUCACGAUGGAGGUAGCAGAAUCUCAGGAUAUAUUGUUGAGAUGCAUGGCAAAGACAGUGAAACUUGGACCCAGUGUGCCGUUGCAAAAAUCACACAGGCUGUUGUUCUUGGACUGACACAAGGUGAAGAAUAUAUGUUCCGUGUGUCAGCACAUAACGAAAAAGGAACCAGUGAUCCUCGUCUACUUAGUGUACCUGUGGUAGCCAAAGAUCUUGUUAUUGCUCCAGUAUUCAAGCUACUGUUCACCACAUUCAGCGUAUUGGCAGGAGAUGAUCUCAAGAUGGAUUUGCCAUAUGCUGCUCGCCCCAAAGCAGUUGUGACCUGGCUCAAGGAUGGUGUCGCACUAAAAGAAACAACCAGAGUCAAUGCUGAUGCCACUGAUACACAUUUGCAUCUUGUGGUCAAGGAAGCCAGCAGGGAGGAUGUGGGAAAGUACACCAUCAAACUUGUAAACACAGCUGGUGAAUCAACAGUGGACAUUGCAGUUGUUGUUCUUGAUAAGCCUGGUCCUCCAACUGGCCCAAUCACUGUUGAUGAAGUCACUUCUGACAGUGUGGUACUGUCCUGGAACCCACCUACAUAUGUGGGUGGUUGUGCCAUUAACAACUACAUAGUAGAAAAGAGGGAAACGUCCACCACAAACUGGCAGAUUGUGUCUGCAACAGUUGCACGAACCACCAUUAAAGCAGCUCGGUUGAAGACUGGGUGUGAAUAUCAGUUCAGGAUUGCUGCUGAAAACAGAUAUGGAAAGAGUCCAGUACUUAUAUCAGAAAAUAUUGUUGCUCAAUAUCCAUUUGAUCUCCCAAGUGCACCAGGGACCCCAAUUGUACAAUCAUCUACAAAGGACAGCAUGGUUAUCGUAUGGGAGAAACCUGGUAGUGAUGGCGGGAGCAAGAUUUUGGGAUAUCACCUUGAGAGUAAGGAGAGAAAUAGCCUCCUCUGGGUUAAACAAAACAAACAACUGAUCCCAGACUUGAGGUUCAAGCUCAGUGGUCUUGAUGAAGGUAUUGAAUAUGAGUACAGAGUUUAUGCUGAAAAUAUUGUUGGCGUUGGCAAAGCAAGCAAAUUGUCAGAAAUCCGUGUUGCAAGAGACCCCUGUGACAGUCCAGGCAAGCCUGAAGCUGUCAUUGUCACAAGAGGAGCUGUCACUCUCCAAUGGACUAAGCCAGAGUUAGAUGGAGGUAGCAAAAUCACUGGCUACAUUGUGGAGAAGAAAGAGCUGCCUGAAGGGCGCUGGAUGAAGGCCAGUUUCGCCAAUGUCAUUGAGACACAAUUUAUUGUUACUGGCUUAGUUGAAGACCAGUGCUAUGAGUUCCGUAUCAUUGCAAGAAAUGCAGCAGGUGUUUACAGUCUUCCAUCUGAGAGCACUGGGUCUAUAACAGCAAAGGAUGAAGUUGAUCCUCCCAAAAUAGAGAUGGACUCAAAGUACUCUUCAACAAUUGUUCUGAUGGCAGGUGAAUCGUUCAACCUUUGUGCAGAUAUUUUCGGCAAACCUGUACCCUCAGUCCAUUGGAUGAAAAACGACGUAGAAAUAAAGGAGGCUGCACGUCUUGAGAUAAAGAAUACUGCUUUUAAAGCAUCAUUGAGUGUUAAGGAGGCAAUCCGUGUUGAUGGAGGCCAAUAUAUCCUACUUUUGAAAAAUGUAGGUGGAGAGAAGUCAGUGCACAUCAAUGUCAAAGUGUUAGACAGACCUGGUCCACCUGGAGGCCCAAUUUCUAUCUAUGGAGUCACAAGUGAAAAGGCUUGUAUUGCCUGGAGACCACCAGCACAAGAUGGAGGUAGUGAUGUUUCUCAUUACAUCGUUGAGAAGAGAGAGACUAGCAGAUUGGUUUGGACUCUGGUUGAACCUAAAGUGCAGACUCUAAAUCUGAAGAUCAUAAAACUUGUUCCUGGAAAUGAGUAUGUCUUCCGAGUGAUUCCUGUGAACAAAUACGGAAUUGGUGAACCUCUUGAAUCUGAGCCAAUGAUUUCCAGAAAUCAAUUUGUGACACCUGAUCCACCAACAGAUGUGGAAGUCUCUACCAUCACAAAAGAUUCAAUGGUGGUAACGUGGGAAAGACCUGAAAACGAUGGUGGAAAUGCCAUUUCUGGAUUUGUUAUUGAGAAGCGUGAUAAAGAAGGUGUGCGCUGGACCAGAUGCAAUAAGCGUACAGUGAGUGAGCUGCGCUUCAGAGUAGCAGGUCUUCUUGAAAACCGCAGCUAUGAGUUCCGAGUUUCAUCUGAGAAUGCUGCUGGAGUUGGUAAACCAAGUGUACCAACUAUUUACUACAAGGCAUUGGAUGCUAUCUUCACAUCAGGUCCACCAAAUAAUCCCAAAGUGACUGACACAACAAGAACAUCUGUGUCCUUGUCAUGGGGCAAACCUAUCUAUGAUGGUGGCUGUGAGAUUCAAGGUUACUUAGUGGAGGCCUGUGAAGGAGCAUCUGAUGAAUGGACAAUGUGCACUCCACCUGCCGGAAUCACACACACUACAUUUACAGUUAGAAAACUACUCGAGAAGCAUGAGUAUAAAUUCAGAGUCUGUGCCAUAAACAAGGUUGGUGUUGGUGAGCAUGCAGAUGUCCCUGGAUCAGUUCUUCUAGAGGAGAAAUUGGAAGCACCAGAUCUUGAGCUUGACGCUGACAUGAGGAAGAUGAUUAAUGUCAGAGCUGGAAGCGCUCUUAGGUUGUUCAUUCCUGUUAGGGGACGGCCGGCUCCUGAACUGAAAUGGGGAAAGGCUGAUGGAGAACUCAAGGAGACGGCACAGAUUGACAAUACAAGCAGUUAUGCCUCACUCCUGAUUGAAAAUGUUGACAGAUUUGACACUGGCAAGUACACUGUUACUGCAGAGAAUUCCAGUGGAGUUAAAUCUGUCUUCAUCAGUGUCAGAGUACUUGAUUCACCUAGUAUGCCUGCAAAUUUCGCUAUCAAGGAGAUAACAAAAAAUUCAGUCACCCUUACUUGGGAGCCACCUAUUUUGGAUGGUGGGUCUAAAAUUAAGCAAUAUCAUGUUGAGAAACGAGAAAGCACUAGGAAAGUGUAUUCCCCUGUCACAACCUGUCAUAAGAUGUCAUGGAAGAUUGAACCACUUGUGGAGGGAAGUAUCUAUUUCUUCAGAGUUCUUGCUGAAAACGAGUGGGGCAUUGGCUUACCUGCAGAGACCCCUGAACCCGUAAAGAUUUCAGAGGUACCUCAACCUCCCGGUAAAGUUACAGUUCUGGACGUGACACGGAACAGUGUCUCUCUUAAGUGGGAGAAACCAGAUCAUGAUGGAGGCAGCAGAAUAAGCCAUUAUGAGAUUGAAAUGCAAGCCAAAGAUAGUGACAAAUGGACACUAUGUGCUCAAUGUAAAUACCUUGAAACUACUGUCACUAGCUUAGCCCAAGGAGAGGAGUAUCAAUUCAGAGUAAUUGCUGUUAAUAGCAAAGGAAAGAGUGACUCUAGACUUCUGGCCAGUCCAGUAGUUGCAAAGGACCUUGUCAUUGAACCUGACAUAAGACCUAAAUUAACACAGUACAGCGUACAGGUUGGCUAUGAUCUGAAGAUUGAAGUUCCCAUUGCUGGACAUCCUAAACCAGUCAUUACAUGGACAAAGGAUGGUGCUGCCCUGAAACAGACCACAAGAGUUAAUGUUGUCGACAGUGCACGCAAUACACAUCUAACCAUCAAAGAAGCAACAAAAGACGAUGGUGGAUUGUAUAGUAUUAAUAUUACCAAUAUCCUUGGCUCCAAAGAUGCCACCAUUGAAGUAAUCACACUAGAUAAACCUGGCCCACCAACAGGCCCAAUCAAGAUGGAUGACAUCAGUGCUGAAAGUAUCACACUUACCUGGGAACCACCUGCAUACACUGGUGGCUGCCCAAUUUCAAAUUACGUUGUCCAGAAAAGAGAUACAACCACAACUAACUGGGUUGUAGUCUCUGCCACUGUGGCAAGAAAUACCCUGAAAGUGACAAAUCUAAAAACAGGUGCAGAAUACCAAUUUAGGAUCUUUGCUGAAAACAGAUAUGGCAAAAGUUAUGCUAUUGAUUCUGAACCUGUCCUUGCCCAGUAUCCCUUCAAGGAGCCAGGACCACCAGGAACACCUUAUGUAUCUUCAUAUACUAAGGAUUACAUGGUUGUGGAAUGGCACAAACCCAUUUCAGAUGGAGGCAGUGCCAUUUUCGGCUAUCACAUUGAGAGAAAGGAAAAGAACAGUAUCCUUUGGACAAAGGUCAAUAAAUCCCUCAUCCAAGACUGUAGAUUUAAAUCUACUCCUUUGGAGGAAGGUAUUGAAUAUGAGUUUAGAGUGUCUGCUGAGAAUAUCGUUGGCAUUGGCGCGUGCAGCAAACUCUCUGAGGGAUAUGUGGCACGUGACCCAUGUGAUCCUCCUGGCACCCCAGAGGCUAUCAUUGUAACCAGGCACUCUGUGAAACUGAAGUGGACAAGACCACAGUAUGAUGGUGGCAGUCUGAUCACAGGCUAUGUGGUGGAGAAACGCGAUCUCCCAGAGGGAAGAUGGAUGAAGGCAAGUUUCACAAAUGUCAUUGAAACUGUAUUCACAGUUCUGGGUCUAACUGAGGAUUGCAAAUAUGACUUCAGAGUCAUAGCAAGGAAUGCCGCUGGGUCUAUCAGCAAGCCCUCUCAGAGCACCGGAUCCAUCACAGCAAAGGAUGAAGUUGAUCCACCAAAAUGUGAAGUUGACUCAGUGUACAGCCAGGUUGUUAUCAUCAAUGCUGGGGAAACAUUUACACUUGAGGCCACUGUACAAGGAAAGCCAAUUCCAACAGCUCAAUGGUUCAAGAGUGAUGCAUUAGUGGAGAACUCAGCAAGGGCUGAGAUUAUGAACUCAGAUUUCCAAGCAAAGCUUGUUGUCAAAGAUGCUAUCAGAGUGGAUGGAGGACAAUAUACGUUGCUUCUAACUAAUGUUGCUGGAGAUAAAACUGUAACGUUCAAUGUGAGAGUACUGGACAGACCUGGGCCCUCUCAGGGACCCCUCACGGUUAGUAAUGUCACAUGUGAGAAAUGUUCACUGUCCUGGCUUCCUCCAAGAGCUGAUGGUGGAAGCAGUAUUUCCCACUACGUCAUUCAAAAGAGAGAAACUAGCCGUCUUGCAUGGACUGUGGUUGCUAGUGAUUGUGGAGCUACAAUGUUCAAAGUCACAAAGCUUCUGAAGGGAAAUGAGUACAUCUUCCGUGUUAUGGCUGUCAACAAAUUUGGUACUGGUGAACCUCUUGAAUCAGCCCCAGUUAUAAUGAGAAAUCAAUUUGUUACUCCUGGACCACCUCAAGAAUUGGAAAUAGCCAAUAUUGCAAGGGAUUCCAUGACUGUGUGCUGGACUCGCCCAGAGGUUGAUGGUGGAAGUGAGAUUGCUGGUUACAUUGUUGAGAAGAGAGAUAGAGCUGGAAUCAGAUGGACAAAAUGCAACAAACGCAGAGUCACAGACCUUCGCUUUAGAGUGACAGGCCUGACAGAGGAUCAUGAAUAUGAAUUCAGAUUAUCUGCUGAGAAUGCUGCAGGAGUCGGCCAACCAACUGAACCAACUCCUUACACCAAAGCCUGUGAUCCAACCUUUGAACCUGGCACUCCCACUAAUGCACAUGUGGUUGAUACUACCAAGAACUCCAUAACACUCGCAUGGAGCAGACCCAUUUACGACGGUGGAGUCGAUAUCCAGGGAUAUGCUGUGGAGAUCUGCAAAGCCGAUGAGGAGGAAUGGACUCUGUGCACUCCACCAACAGGAGUGAAUGCCACUACCUUCAAAAUCAUCAAACUUAUCGAGCAUCAAGAAUAUAAGGUGCAGGUAUGUGCCAUCAAUAAAUUGGGUGUUGGUGAACCUGCUGAGAUUUUAGGAACUGUAAAACCAGUGGAUGCAAUGUUCGCCCCAGAGAUUGAGCUGGAUUCAGAGCUAAGGAAAGGAAUCGUUGUGCGUGCUGGAGGAUCCAUGAGGAUCAAUAUUCCAUUCAAAGGACGUCCUACUCCAGAAAUAAGCUGGUCCAAGGAUGAGGGUGAUUUCACCAACAAAGUUCAAAUUGAGAAAGGCGCCGAUUUUACUCAACUGUCAGUAGACAUCUGUGACAGAAAUGAUGCUGGAAAGUACACUUUGACCCUGGAAAACAGCAGUGGUUCCAAGUCUGCAUUUGUUUCCGUCAAAGUACUUGAUACACCAGGAGCACCCGUAAACUUCACAGUGAAAGAUAUUAAGAAAAACUCUGUCAAUCUUGUUUGGGAGCCCCCACUCAUUGACGGAGGUGCGAGGGUCAAGCAUUACUUUGUUGAGAAGCGUGAAUCCACUAGGAAAGCUUAUUCCAACAUUUCAAACAAGUGUACAAGGAACAGUUUCCAUGUGGGAGAUCUCAUUGAGGGGGUUAUUUAUUACUUCAGAGUUAUGGCUGAGAAUGAAUAUGGUGUAGGCCUGGCAGCAGAAACUGCAGAGCCUGUGAAGACAUCAGAAGUCCCUCUGCCUGUAGGAAAGAUCACAUUGACUGAAGUGACUAAGACAACCGCCUCAAUGGCAUGGGAAAAACCAGACCAUGACGGUGGAAGUAGAAUAAUGGGAUACUACAUAGAAAUGCUGCCCGCAGGAUCAGAGGAAUGGAUCCUAUCCACAACCACAAAAACAUGUGAGGGAACUGUAGAAGGCCUAACCGCAGGUCAAGAAUACCAGUUCAGAGUUUCAGCCUUUAACGACAAAGGAAAGAGUGACACAAGGGUAUUAGCUGCCCCUGUCACAGCUAAAGAUCUAACUAUUGAACCUAGUUUCGUAAUGGCAUUCAACACCUUUAGUGUCCAACAUGGUGAAGAUCUGAAGAUAGAAAUACCAGUGAGAGGACGCCCAGCACCCAAAGUGGUAUGGGCAAAGGAUGGACAGGCAAUUAAAGAGACAACCAGGUUGAAUGUUUCAAGAACAGCAUCAUCAACAAUCCUUGCUAUAAAAGAGGCAACCAGAGCGGAUUCUGGCAAGUACAAAAUCACAGCUACCAACAGUAUAGGAGAAAAAGUUGCAGAAAUCGGAGUGAUCAUCCUUGAUAAACCUGGCCCAGUCACAGGGCCUAUAAAGAUUGAGGAAGUGAGUUCCAAUUAUGUCAACCUCGCAUGGGAACCACCUGCGUACACAGGAGGUUGUCAAAUAAACAAUUACAUUGUGGAAAAGCGUGACACAACAACCGUAGCAUGGCAGUGUGUGUCUGCAACCAUUGCAAGAACAACUAUCAAAGUUACCAAGCUGAAAACCGGUACUGAAUACCAGUUUAGGGUGUUUGCAGAAAACAGAUAUGGAAAGAGUCCGUCAUUGGACUCAGCAGCUGUUGUUGUGCAAUAUCCUUUCAGUGAACCUCUUGCACCUGGUACUCCAUUUGUGUCAUCAGUGACAAAGGACCACAUGGUUGUUGAAUGGAAAGUACCAACCAGUAAUGGAGGUAGUCCAAUCCUUGGUUACCACCUCGAACGCAAAGAGAAGAACAGCAUUCUCUGGACGAAGUUGAACAAACUGCUCAUUCCUGACUGUCGAUUCAAAACAAAUGAACUUGAAGAGGGCAUUGAGUAUGAAUUCAAGGUCUUCGCUGAGAACAUUGCUGGCUUGAGUCCACCUAGUAAGAUUUCUGAUGUUUGUGUCGCCAGAGACCCAUGUGAUCCACCUGGUACCCCUGAGGCUAUUGAUAUUACCAGGAACCACGUUACACUGUCAUGGAAAAAGCCCCAGUAUGAUGGUGGUAGCCUGAUCACAGGCUAUGUUGUUGAAAGGAAGAAGCUUCCUGAAGGCCGUUGGAUGAAGGCUAGCUUCACAAAUGUAAUUGAGACUCAAUUCACAAUCUCAGGUCUGACUGAAGAGUGUGAGUAUGAGUUUAGAGUAAUUGCAAGGAAUGCAUCUGGUAUUUUCAGUGCUCCCUCUGAAAGCACUGGAGCAAUUACUGCUAAAGAUGAAAUUGAAGCACCAACAGCAUCAAUGGAUCCCAAAUUCAAGGACUGUAUUGUCAUCCGUGCUGGUGAAACAUUUGUUAUUGAUGCUGAUAUUUUCGGAAAACCACUCCCUGAAAUCACAUGGUUGAAAGAUGGAAAAGAAAUCGACCAAACCACCCCAAGAAUGGAGAUUAAAACCACCAUUCAACGUACUAUUCUAACAGUCAAGGAAUGUAUCAGAGUAGAUGGUGGACACUUUGUCCUGAGUCUUAGCAACGUUGGUGGAACAAAAUCUAUUCCCGUCAACGUGAAAGUUCUUGAUAGACCUGGUCCACCCGAAGGUCCAAUGAAGAUAACUGGCGUGACUUCAGAGAAAGCCUAUCUUCACUGGAGUCAUCCAUUACAUGAUGGCGGUGCCAGCUGUUCUCAUUAUAUAAUUGAAAAGAGGGAAACCAGCAGAUUGUCAUGGACUGUAGUCGAACCCAGAAUCCAAGCUGUCAGCUACAAAGUGACUAAACUCUUGCCUGGCAAUGAGUACAUCUUCAGAGUUACAGCAGUAAAUAAGUUUGGCAUUGGUGAACCUCUUGAAUCAGACCCAGUUAUUGCACGUAAUCCUUUUGUGACACCCAGCGCUCCCUCAACACCUGAAGCAAGUGCUAUUACAAGGGACUCAAUGGUCCUUACAUGGGAACGUCCAGCAGAUAAUGGUGGCUCAGAUAUUGAUGGCUAUGUCCUGGAGAAACGAGAUAAAGAGGGCAUUAGAUGGACAAAAUGUAACAAGAAAAGACUUAAUGACAUCAGGUUCAGAUGUACCGGACUCACCGAGGGACAUUCCUAUGAGUUCAGAGUGUCUGCUGAAAAUGCUGCUGGUGUGGGAGUGCCAAGUGCACCAACAGAAUACAUCAAAGCCUGUGAUGCCACAUAUCCACCUGGUCCUCCUAACAACCCUAAGGUGACAGACCACUCAAGCACAACUGUGUCACUCUCAUGGACAAGGCCCAUCUAUGAUGGUGGAGCAGCCAUCAAAGGAUAUGUUAUUGAGAUGAGAGAAGAAGGAGAUGAAGAAUGGAUAACAUGUACACCGCCAACUGGUGUACAAGCAACACACUUUACUGUGAAAAAACUGAGGGAAAAUGCUGAAUACUAUUUCCGCAUCUGUGCAAUUAACAUUGAAGGAGUUGGUGAGCAUGUUGAUGUUCCAGGGUCUGUAGUUGCAUCUGAAAGACUUGAGGCCCCUGAGAUUGAACUUGAUUCAGACCUUAGGAAAAUGGUCCAAGUACGGGCAAGUGCAACACUGCGUUUGUUUGUGACAAUCAAAGGAAAACCUGAACCUGAAGUAAAGUGGUCCAAGAUGGAUGGCCCUCUUACUGAGCGUGCACAAAUUGAGGUCACAAGCUCCUACACAAUGCUUGUCAUCGACAAUGUCAAUAGAUUUGACACUGGCAAGUAUGUGUUGACUCUCGAGAACCUUAGUGGUCAAAAAUCAGCAUUCAUUAAUGUCAGGGUGUUGGACUCACCAAGUGCCCCUGAGAACUUUGAAGUCAAGGAUAUUAAGAGAGAUUCUGUAUCACUAUCCUGGGAGCCUCCCAUGAUUGACGGUGGAGCUAAGGUCACCCAUUACAUUGUGGAAAAGAGAGAUAAUACAAGACUGGCAUUUACAAGUGUUUCAAAUAACUGUGUAAGAAAUUCCAUGAAGAUUGAUGACCUUAAAGAGGGCGGAAUUUACUAUUUCCGCGUCAAAGCUGUCAAUGAGCUUGGUGUGGGUUUGCCAGCAGAAACAACAGAACCAAUCAAGGUAUCCCAAGCCCCCUUGCCUCCUGGCAAAGUUACGGUUGUAGAUGUUACUCGCGACAGUGUGAGUCUCGCAUGGGAAAAGCCUGAUCAUGAUGGUGGUAGCAAAAUCACAAGCUAUACAGUAGAAAUGAAAACCAUGGGCGAUGAGAAAUGGACUGUAUGCACUGAGAUUAAAGCAUUGGAAGCAACUAUUGGUGGACUCACAACUGGCGAGGAAUAUUCAUUUAGGAUUACUGCUGUCAAUGACAAAGGCAAGAGUGAACCUAAGCCACUGGCAGACCCUGUCGUAGUAAAGGACAUUACAAUCGAACCUAUCAUCGAUCUGAUGUUCAACACAUACAGUGUCAAGGCAGGAGAUGAUCUGAAGAUUGAUGUUCCGUUCAGAGGCAGACCUGAACCUGAGGUGGCAUGGAAAAAAGAUGGAACUGUAUUGAAGCAGACAACCAGGGUGAAUGUUCUGACAGCAAAAAAUUCAUCGAAAAUUACUAUCAAAGACGCAACCAGGGAGGACUUUGGGAAGUAUGAGAUCAAUUUAACCAACACCGUUGGCAAGAAAUCAGCAACAAUAGCUGUUAUCAUCUUGGAUAAACCUGGCCCACCAGGUGCAAUCAAGGUAGAUGAAGUGAGUGCUGACAAUAUUUCACUGUCUUGGGAUGCCCCACUCUACGAUGGAGGAUGUCAAAUCAACAACUAUGUCGUGGAGAAGAGAGAUACUACCACUACAACAUGGCAGAUUGUUUCAGCCACAGUUGCCAGAACAUCAAUUAAAGUUCCCCGCUUGACACAAGGCACUGAAUAUCAGUUCCGUAUUGCAGCUGAAAAUCGCUACGGCAAGAGCCAUGCUGUGGACUCCGCUCCAAUUGUUGCACAGUACCCCUUCGAGACACCUGGCAUUCCCACUUCCCUCCAUGUUGCCCAUGCUACAAAGUCUGGCAUUUUGGUUGCAUGGGGUAAACCAGCCAGUGACGGCGGAAGUCCAAUCAUUGGUUAUCACCUGGAAAUGAAAGACCAUAGCAGUAUUCUCUGGACAAAGAUCAACAGAGGUAUCAUUGCUGAAACAGAAUACAAAGUGAUUGGGAUUGAGGAAGGCUUGCUGUAUGAGUUCCGUGUUUAUGCUCAGAAUAUUGCUGGAAUUGGACCUUGCACCAAAGCCUCUGAACCUGUAGCUGCAAGAGAUCCUUGUGAUCCACCUGUUAACCUUGAGGUCAUUGACAUCACAAGAACUUCAGUUUCCAUUACUUGGCAGGCGCCAGAGAAUGACGGUGGAGCCAAGGUGACUGGCUACAUUGUUGAACGCAGGGAGCUUCCAGAUGGCCGUUGGCUGAAGUGCAAUUUCGCCAGUCUCCUGGACACAUACUUUGACAUUACAGGCCUUACAGAGGACGUACAAUAUGACUUCCAUGUUAUUGCAAAGAAUGCAGCUGGAUUACUCAGUGAGCCAUCACUGAGCACAGGUGCCAUCACAGUCAAGGAUGAGGUGGAUUCACCUCGCAUUGAGUUGGAAGACAGGUUUAGACAAUUAGUAGUUGUCAAAGCUGGAGAUAUUUUGAGAAUCGAUGCAGAUAUUUCUGGGCGCCCACGUCCAGUCAUUGCAUGGACAAAGGAUGGUAAAGAAAUUGAUGCCAAGGCAAGAGUGGAGAUUACUUCAACACACAGCACCACCACAUUAAUAGUCAGAGACACUAUCAGAAGAGACACUGGACAGUACAUUGUAACUCUACAGAACGUUGCUGGCACAAGAUCCUUGGCUGUAAACUGUAAGGUCCUUGACCGCCCUGGACCAUCCUCUGGACCAUUGGUGGUCACUGGUCUGACAGCAGAGAAGUGCACUUUGACCUGGGGACCACCUCAAGAAAAUGGUGGUGCAGAAAUCAUGCACUACAUCGUUGAGAAACGUGAAACCAGCCGUCUCGCCUGGACUUUAGUAUAUGGCGAUAUGAAAGCUACAACAUGCAAAGUCACCAAACUGCUUAAAGGAAAUGAAUACAUCUUCAGAGUAAGGGGAGUGAACAAAUAUGGAGACGGUGAAGCCCUGGAGAGUGAGCCCACCAGAGCCAAGAAUGCAUACACUGUCCCUGCAGCACCAACAGAUGUUCAAAUCACGAGUAUCACAAGUGAUGCAAUGACAAUCUGCUGGGAAAGACCAGAAUCCGAUGGAGGAAGCAGCAUUUAUGGCUAUGUUAUUGAGAAACGAGAGAAAAUUGGAUUGCGCUGGGUACGAGUGAACAAAAAGCCUGUGUAUGACCUCAGGGUCAAGGCAUCCAAUCUCCGUGAGGGAGCUGAAUAUGAGUACAGAGUCUAUGCAGAAAACGCUGCAGGCUUGAGCCUCCCAAGUAUUCCUACCGAACUAACAAAGGCGGAGGAUCCCCAAUUCCUGCCAUCUCCACCAUCUAAACCUAAAGUUAUUGACUCCUCCAAGACAACUGUUUCUCUUUCAUGGAACAAGCCGUUGUUUGAUGGUGGUGCUCCUGUGACAGGAUACUGUGUUGAAUAUAGGAGAACAGAUGAAUACGAUGAUGACUGGUGUGUCGGUGUUUCAAACACAAAGAACACUGAAUUCACCGUCGUUGGAUUAACUUCUGGAGCAGAAUAUAUAUUUGUUGUCAAAUCAAUCAACAAGAUUGGUCUCAGUGAGCCAAGCCCCCCUACGGAUCCACAGGUGGCAAAGGAGAGAGAAGAGGAACCAGUAUUUGAUAUCAGCAAUGAGAUGCGAAAGACACUCAUUGUAAAGGACGGUAGUUCAUUCACCCUAACUGUGCCAUUCAGGGGAAAGCCCGUUCCUAAUGUUAUGUGGACCAAGGCUGCUGUUGACCUCAGAGUGAGGGCCAGUAUUGAUACCACUGAUACCUUCACAUCUAUCACAGUGGAACAAGCAACAAGAGAUGACUCUGGAAAAUAUACUGUGACUCUCCAAAACAUAGCUGGAAAAGUUGCAUGUACAUUAAAUGUAAGGGUUCUGGACUCUCCUGGUCCACCAUCUCAUGUUGGGUUCAAGGAUGUUACAAAGAGCUCUGCAACAGUUACAUGGGAUACCCCAGAUAAUGAAGGUGGCGCUGCUGUAAAGAACUACCUUGUUGAUAUUCGUGAGGCAAGCAAAAAGGGAUGGACUAGACUCACAGAUACCUGCCAUCGUCUGACCUACAAAGUAACAGACCUGGUGGAGGGAGGAGUAUACUACUUUAGAGUCACGGGUGAAAAUGAAUAUGGAGUUGGUGUAUCAGCUGAGACCAAAGAUGGAGCAAAGAUUACAGAAAAACCCAGCCCACCAGCAUCACUUGGAGUCACCGAUAUCACCAAGGAAAGUGUUUCACUUGCAUGGGGCAAGCCUGAGCAAGACGGAGGUAGCAGAAUCACCAGUUACCAAAUCGAUGCUCUUGAGAAGGGUCAGGAUAAAUGGGUGAAAGUUGGUGUCACCAAGUUCACUCACAUUGUGGUCUAUGGUCUGACGCAAAAUGCUGAAUACUUCUUCAGAGUUCGUGCUGAAAACCACGCUGGAUUCAGUGAUGCUAAAGACAUGAUUCUGCCUGUAACAGUUAAAGACCAGCAUGAACCUCCUGAGAUCAACAUGAAGAAGUUCCCCCACAAUACAGUCUAUGUCCGAGCAGGAUCAAACCUGAAAUGUGAGAUCCCACUUACUGGCAGACCUAUGCCAAAGGUUUCUCUUUCAAAGGACAAUGUUGCACUGAAGUCAACUAUGAGAUUCAACUCUGAAGUAACUCCUGAAUACCUCAUCAUUACUCUUCGUGAGAGCAUUGCUAUUGAUUCAGGAAGGUAUGACAUUUGUGCCUCCAACACAAGUGGAACCACCAAGUCUUUUGUUAACAUUGUGGUCCUAGAUAGACCAAGCGCCCCAGUUGGUCCUGUGGAAAUGACUGACGUGACAGAGGACAGUGUGAGUCUGAAGUGGUGUCCUCCUCGUUAUGAUGGUGGAAGCACCAUUUCAAAUUACAUCAUCCUCAAACGUGAAACAACCAACGCCAACUGGACUGAGGUCUCCUCGGCCGUCGCAAGAUGCACCAUGAAAAUCAUGAAGCUUACAACAGGACUGGAGUACCAGUUCAGAAUCAGGGCUGAGAAUCGCUACGGUGUCAGUGAGCACAUUGACUCUCCAACCGUCAGAGUAGAUCUGCCCUACACCGUCCCUGUAGCUCCAUCAGCUCCUAUGGUUACAUCUGUAACCAGAGAAAGCAUCACUGUAGCCUGGAAGGAGCCAGCUUCCAAUGGAGGAAGCCAUGUCUUUGGAUACCAUCUUGAAAUAAAGGAUAGAAACAGCAUCUGUUGGCAGAAGGUUAACAAGACUGUUAUCCGUGCCACACACUACAAGGUGCCAGACAUUGCUGCCGGCCUCAUCUAUGAGUUCAGGGUUACAGCAGAAAAUGCAGCUGGAUGCAGUCCGCUCAGCAAGAUCUCAGACGCAGUACUUGCAAUUGAUACGUGCGAGCCUCCAACCAAUGUCAGGAUCACUGACAUCACAAAGACUUCCAUCAGCAUCGCAUGGCAGAAGCCCAAUUAUGAUGGCGGUAGCAAGAUCACAGGAUACCUGAUUGAGAAGAAAGAGGGCCAGAAGGACAGAUGGACGAAGGCUAACUUGACCAAUGUUUCUGACACACAUUAUACUGUGACAGGACUUACUCAGGAUGAGACCUAUGAAUUCAGAGUCAUGGCAAAGAAUGCAGUUGGAUCAAUUAGCAAUCCAUCCAUCAUUGCAGGCCCUGCAACUUGUGUUGAUACAUAUGGUGCCCCUGAGAUUGAAAUUCCUGAUGAAUAUCGCGAGGUUGUGAAACACAAAGCUGGAACCACUGUCGAGCUUAGAUUUGGAAUCAUUGCCAAACCAGCACCGACAAUUGAGUGGUACAAGGACAGAAAGGAACUUGAGUCCGGUGCCCAGGCUCAGCUGGUACAGAAGAACGCUGCUGAUAGUUCCACUCUUAUCAUCAGGGAUACCACACGUCUAAACUCUGGAACAUAUGAGAUGAGGCUCAAAAACUCUUUGGGCUCAGCAUAUGCCUACGUCAGAGUACAAAUUCUUGAUAAACCAGGACCACCACCUGGCGAGAUUCAGCUCAAGAAGGUCACUGCUAACAGUAUCACCAUAAUGUGGGAUCCUCCUGAGGACGAGGGUGGCGCAAUGGUAACCCACUACAUUGUGGAGAAACGGGAGGCCAGCAGAAUUCAAUGGUCCAUUAUCUCUGAGAAUUGGGCGGAAUGUAUUGUGAAUGUCCCAAGACUGAUCAAAGGCAAUGAGUACAUCUUCAGAGUCCGAGGAGUGAACAAAUAUGGAGUUGGAGACCCACUGGAAUCUGAACCCGUAGAAGCAAAGAAUGCAUUUGUUCCUCCAAGUCAACCUUCCAAGCCUCAAGUCACCAUGAUCACACACUCCUCAAUGACGGUGGUAUGGGAAAGACCUGGAAUUGAUGGCGGAAGUGACAUUGAUGGAUAUUACCUGGAAAAACGAGAGAAGACAAGCUUGCGUUGGUUCAAGGUUAUCAAAAACACCAUUCGUGAUACAAGACAGAAAGUCAGCAACCUGCUCACAGGAAAGGACUAUCAAUAUCGUGUAUGUGCUGUCAAUAAGGCUGGAGCUGGUCCAUACUCCGAAGAGUCUGACCUCUUCAAAGCUGCUGAUGCAGUUGACCCACCAGGUGAACCAACCAAACUCAGAGUGGUCGACUCCACCAAAACAUCCAUCACCCUGGGCUGGGUGGCGCCAGUAUAUGAUGGUGGCAGCGAGAUCACCAGCUACAUCGUUGAGCAGAUGACCUCUGAAGAAAGGGAAUGGGCUGUCAUCAGCCACAAUGGAGAAGUGAGGACAACAGAGUAUGUUGUGAAUCACCUGAAACCAGGAACCUAUUACUUCUUCCGUGUAUCUGCUGUCAACUGUCUGGGACCCAGUCAACCAAUCGAGAUGUACCAGCCUGUUCAAUCCAAGGAUAUUCUUGAGGAGGCCGAUCUUGAUUUGGAUGUUCCCAUGACGACUCAAUACACUGCCAAGGCAGGAAGGGAUAUUGAGGUGUUUAUUCCUCUGAAGGGCAGACCUGCACCAAACUGCACAUGGAGAAGACAUGACAAGAAUAUGGCCAGCGAUGCAAGAUACACUAUCACCAGCACAGAACGUACAACAGUUCUUGUCAUUCCAAAGGUCACCCGCGACGACUGCGGCAAAUACUACCUGGAGAUUGAGAACGGUGUUGGCGAGUCCAAGUUCAUCACUGUGUCUGUCAAGGUUCUUGACACCCCAUCCACUUGCCAAAAACUGAUCAUCAAGAAUGUCACCAGAGGCAAGUUGACCCUGAGCUGGGAAGCUCCUCUAAUCGACGGUGGUUCCCCAAUCACCAACUACAUUGUGGAGAAGAAAGACGCUAACAACAGAGCAUAUACAGUCGUGUCAUCAGAGUGCCCCAACACAUCAUACAAGAUUGACGGUCUGUCGGAUGAAAUCGCCUACUUCUUCAGAGUGUCUGCUGAGAAUGAGCAUGGUACUGGUGAUACAUGUGAGACUGCAGAGCCAGUCAGGGCCACUGAGACCCCCGGACCAGUCAAAGAGCUGGUCAUGACAGACGCUACUAAGACAUCAGUGACUCUUCACUGGACCAAGCCUGACCAUGAUGGAGGUAGCCACAUUUCAGACUAUGUCAUUGAGACGAAAACUAAAGAAGAAGAAACCUGGACUGUUGCUACAACAUGCAAGCGUUGCACAUGUGAAGUUAAAAACCAGAAGGAAAAUUCUGUUGUGAACUUUAGAGUGUUUUCUAAGAAUGAGAAGGGCAUCAGUGACUUCUCUCAGAUUGGGCCCAUAACAGUAAAGGAGUUCAUUAUUCCACCUGAGGCCAACAUGAUAGAUUAUCCAAAUGGCGAACUCUUUGUUCGUGUCGGUCAAAACAUCCAUAUUGAGAUGCCAUUUAAGGGUAAACCAAAGCCAUCUGUUGGAUGGAUGAAGGAAAACAUUCCUUUGAAAGAAAGUGAACAGAUUCGCUUCCGUGAAACAGACAACAGAGUGUCUAUAACAGUCAGAAGCGCAAAGAAAGAGAAUGCAGGCCUAUACACAUUGGUUCUGAACAACAAGCUUAUCAAGAACUUCUUUGACAUCAAUGUGAUCACUCUCGGACCCCCCUCUGUGCCAGUUGGACCGGUCCGAUUUGAUGAGGUCAAAGCACAGGGCAUCAUUAUAUCUUGGGAUGAACCACAGGACAAUGGAGGUGGAGACAUCACUUGCUACAGUGUGGAGAAACGAGAGAUGGCCCAGGCUAACUGGAAGAUGGUUUGCUCCAGUGUGGUGAGGACAACGUUCAAGAUACCCAACCUGGUCAAGGGCACAGAGUACCAGUUUAGAGUACGUGCAGAGAAUAAAUACGGAGUGAGCGAUCCUUUAAAUUCACCAGACGUGAUCGCCCAACACCAGUACAUGCCACCAGGUGCACCAGGAAAACCAGUCACAUACAACGUUACCAGUGACGGCAUGACUAUCCAAUGGGAAGCACCCAGCUUUGAUGGCGGCUCACCAAUCACUGGCUACCAUGUUGAGAAGAAGGACAGAAACAGCCUGCUGUGGACUAAAGUAAAUUCCAGCAUCAUCUCUGCCCGUGACUACAGAAUCAUUCAGUUGAUUGAAGGACUGGAGUAUUCCUUCAGAGUCUAUGCAGAGAAUAAUGCUGGCCUGAGUCCCGUCAGUGAACAGAGCAAACAUGCCCUCGCAAUCUCCCCAGUUGAUCCACCUGGUACGCCUAACGUCAUUGAUGUCACAAGAGAUACUGUCACUCUCAAAUGGGAUAUACCCAAGAAAGAUGGAGGAUUUAAGAUUGUGGCAUACAGUGUGGAGAGACGUCAAGGUAGAGGCAAAUGGUUGAGAUGCAACUUCACCGACAUAAGUGAUUUGCAAUUCACCAUCACUGGACUUUCUGCUGGUGAUCGCUAUGAAUUCAGAGUGAUUGCCAGAAAUGCUGUCGGUACAGUCAGUCCACCCUCACAGUCAUCGGGCUAUGUCAUGACCAAAGAUGAAAGUGUUUCUCCCGACAUUGAGUUCAGAGCCGACACUGCGCUUGUGUACAAGGCUGGUGAAAACAUCAAACUAAACUGUAGUAUCACGGGUCGACCAGUGCCUCAGGUCAUAUGGUACAAGGACGGUAAAGAGAUUGACAAGAUGAUGUUGAUUGAUAUUACCACUAACAUCGGCUCCAGCCACCUGUUCAUCAGAGAUGCUGAUCGCGACCAUCGCGGAGUGUACAUGGUGGAAGCCAAGAACAGCUCUGGAACAAAGACAGAGAGUGUCAACAUCAGAGUCUCAGAUACCUCUGGACCACCUGAGGGACCAGUGCGUUUCACUGGUAUCACUGCAGAAAAGGCAACUGUCUGGUGGAACCCCCCAGAGAACGAUGGAUGUGCUGCAAUCCUCUGUUAUACAGUGGAAAAGAGAGAAACAUCUAGGAUCUCCUGGGCAAUGAUGACAAGCAAGUGUGAAGCUUGUUCAUUCAACGCCACCAAGCUGAUCAAGGGCAACGAGUACCAGUUCCGUAUCUCUGCUGUCAAUAAGUUCGGAGUUGGACGUCCUCUCGACUCUGAUCCAUUCAUUGCACAGAUGCAAUUCACCGUUCCAGAAGCCCCAGGAACACCAGACGCCACAAAUGUGACUGGAGACACCAUCACAAUAGGCUGGACAAGACCCAGAUCAGAUGGUGGAAAUGAGAUCAAACACUACAUCCUGGAGAGACGUGAGAAGAAGAGCUUGCAAUGGGUGAAGGUUUCAUCCAAGAGGCCAAUCACUGAGCUCAGACACAGAGUAACACACCUGAACGAAGGUAAUGAGUAUGAAUUCCGUGUCAUGGCUGAAAACGGUGCCGGAAUCGGACCAGCAAGCAGCACAUCAAGACUCUUCAAGUGCAGAGAGCCUACAAGCGCUCCAAGUGCUCCUUCUCUGGUGAAGGUCACCGACUCCACAAAGUCGUCUGUCACCCUGGAAUGGAUCAAGCCUGUGUUUGACGGUGGUAUGGAGAUCAUUGGCUACGUCAUUGAGAUGUGCAAGGCAAGCCUUAAUGAAUGGCACCAAGUCAAUAGAGCAACUUGCAUCAACACAACAUACACCGCUAAAGGUUUAACGGCUGGUGAGGAAUAUAGGUUCCGUGUGCGUGCAGUGAAUGGGUCUGGAAAAGGAGAAGCAUGUGUAGUUCCUAAUCCAGUGCAAGCUGUUGAUAGACUGACAUCACCAGAAAUCACACUUGAUGCAGACUUCAAACAGACACACGUUGUGAAGAACGGGGCCACCGUCACUCUUCAUAUUGCCUUCUGUGGUAAACCAGCUCCGCUGGCUACAUGGACCAAGGCAGGUGGAGAACUUGGUGUUAUGGCAGAUGUCAACACAACUGACACAUACAGUACCUUGACCAUUGAGAGCUGUACCAGAUUUGACUCUGGAAAAUACACCUUAUUGCUUGAGAACAACGGUGGCCGCAAAUCUAUCACAUUGACCGUAAAGGUGCUUGAUACACCUGGACCUCCAGGAGCUAUCAGCUUCAAGGAUGUGACCAGGGGAGCUCUGACAAUGCUGUGGGACGCUCCAGCUAACGACGGCGGAGCCCGUAUUCAGCACUACAUCGUAGAAAAGCGUGAGGCUAGUCGUCUCAGCUGGAAGUCAGUCAGCGAAAAAUCCUCACGCCAAAUGAUCAGAAUGACCAACCUAGAAAUAGGUGUACCUUACCUGUUCAGAGUCAUCGCUGAAAAUACGUAUGGCAGAGGAGAACCCUGUGAGAUGACUGAACCGAUUACUGCAACUGAGGUCCCUGCUCCACCCAAGAGUCUUGACGUCAUUGACACUACUAAUUCUACUGCUAUCUUGGCCUGGCUGAAACCUGAACAUGACGGUGGCAGCCGCAUCACAGGUUACAUUGCUGAGGCCAAAGCAAAGGGCUCUGAUCGCUGGAUUGUUGGCGGUCAAACCAAACACCUAAAGUUAGUCAUUGACGGCUUGAUUGAGAACACAGAAUAUGACUUCCGCGUCAAGGCUAUCAAUGAGGCUGGUAUCAGUGUCCCAAGAGAUGCCUUAGCAUCCGUUGUCAUCAAGGAGCCCAAGAUUGAGCCCACAGCAGAUCUCAGUGGCAUAAAUAACCAGCUCAUCACAUGCAAGACUCACAAUGCAUUCACCAUUGAUAUCCCCAUCAGUGGCAGACCAGCUCCAAAGGCCACCUGGAAACUGGAGGAGAUGAAGCUAAAAGAGACGGAUAGAGUGAUCAUCAAGACUACUACAGAAAGGACCACCCUGGUGGUAAAAGACAGCAAGAGAGGAGACAGUGGAAAAUAUUACCUCACUCUGGACAAUGCCGCCGGACUGAAGACAUUUGCUGUUACUGUCAACGUUGUUGGAAGACCCACUCCACCAGUAGGACCCAUUGAAAUCUCUGAAGUGUCAUCAGAGGGCUGCUCAUUGGCUUGGACAGCACCAGAGGAUGACGGUGGAACAGAUAUCGACAACUACAUUGUUGAGAAACGUGAAUCUGCAUCUACAUCCUGGCAAGUGGUGAACUCAAGUUGUAAACGCACCACAAUCAAAGUAAGCCAUCUGACCAAAUACAUGGAGUACACCUUCCGUGUCUCUGCUGAGAGCAAGUAUGGCGUGAGCAAGUCCAUUGAGUCUUCAGCUGUUGUCAUUGAGCAUCCAUUUGUUCCACCAAGUCCACCAACUCGCCCAGAUGUGGUGUCAGUAUCUGCUACGGCUAUUGGCAUCAAGUGGGAUCUGCCAUACGCUGAUGGCGGCAGUAAGGUGACUGGAUACUGGAUAGAGAAGAAGGAGAGAAACACCAUUCUAUGGGUCAGGGAGAACAAGCUUCCAUGCCUGGAUACCCAAUACAAAGUCUCUAGUCUCAUUGAAGGCCUGGAGUACCAGUUCAGAGUUUAUGCUAUGAAUAUUUCUGGUCUCAGCAAAGCCAGUGAGGCCUCAAGACCAGUAGUGGCUUUGAACCCAGUCGAUCCUCCUGGUAAACCUGAGGUGACUGAUGUCACAAGGUCCUCAGUAACUAUUGCAUGGGGUAUACCAUUCAAUGAUGGUGGCAGCAAGAUUGUCGGAUACAUCGUUGAGCGCAAGCCAUGGAGUGAUGAUGAGUGGGAUAAUGCCCGCUGGUUGAAAUGUAACUACACCACCAUCACAGAGACUCACUUCACAGUUGGAGGACUGGGUGAAGCAGAAAUCUUUGAAUUCCGUGUCAUUGCCAAAAAUGGAGCCGGAGUUCACAGUGCACCAUCUGAAACAACAGGACCGAUCACCUGCAAGGACGAAUACACUCCUCCCAAGGCUGAACUUGACAGCUCUCUUGUUGGAGAGCACGUCACUAUCCGGGCUGGGUCAGACCUGGUCCUUGAUGGUGUAAUUGGUGGUAAACCCGAACCCAUAGUAUGGUGGGCCAAAGGUGACAAGGUGCUGGAGCUGGGAGAGAAAUACUCCCUGACUUACACCAGUUCAAGAGCCAUGGCCAUCAUCAAGUCCUGCAACAGAAACGACACAGGAAGAUACGUUCUGACCGUGAAGAACGCCAGUGGAACCAAGACAGCGUCUGUCAAUGUUAAAGUACUCGAUACACCAGGACCUCCUGAGGAAAAGGUCACAAUCACCAGGGUGACAGAUGAGAAGUGCACUGUGUCUUGGAAGAUCCCUCUGGAGGACGGUGGAGAUCUUGUCACUCAUUACAUUGUUGAUAGACGUGAGACCAGCAGACUCAACUGGGUGAUCAUGGAGACCGAGUGCAAGACUCUGUCCUGUGUCAGCUCCAAACUGAUCAAGAACAACGAGUACGUCUUCCGUGUCAGAGGAGUCAACAAGUUCGGACCUGGUGUGCCCUUGGAGUCCGAGCCUGUCAUCGCCAGAAACGCAUACACUGUCCCAUCACAACCUGGAGCACCAGAAGUCACGGCUGUAGGAAAGGAGCACGUCAUCAUUGAAUGGAUGAAACCUGAAAGUGAUGGUGGAAGUGAGAUCAAGAAUUACCUGGUGGACAAACGUGAGAAGAGCAGUUCCAGAUGGACCAGGGUCAAUAAGACCUUUACCAUCUAUGACAUCCGCCUGAAGAUCUCUGGUUUGCUGGAAGGCAGUGACUACCAGUUCCGUGUUACAGCUGUGAAUACAGCUGGAAACAGCCAGCCAAGUGAAGCCUCUCAGUAUGCCUACUGUAGAGAGCCAACAUACACUCCAGCCCCUCCUUCAAUUCCACGUGUGGUAGAUUCCACCAAGCAUAGCAUUAGCUUGCAAUGGACCAGACCCAUGUAUGAUGGUGGCGCUGAUGUUGUUGGCUACGUGGUGGAGGUGCUUGAGGACGGAACCGAGCAGUGGUACAGGGCCACUCAGAAGACUUUGAAGAUCAAUUCGUUUGUUGCCACUGGACUUCAAAGCAACAAGAAGUACAGUUUCCGUGUCGCAGGAGUCAAUAGCAAUGGCACUGGGGAAUUCAGCGAACCUAGUGUGGAAAUUGAGCCUGUUGAGAAACUCUCAAUCCCUGAUCUUGAGCUUCCUGAUGAUCUGAAGAAGAUUGUGUGUCUGAGAGCUGGUAACACUCUUAGGCUGUUCGUCAAUGUGGCUGGAAGACCGGCUCCUGUACUGACCUGGAGGAAACCUGGCAUUGACCUGCAGAGCCGUGGGUUCAUUGAUACAACUGAUAGUUACACUCAACUGAUCGUUGAGAAGGUCCAUCGUUACGAUGCCGGCAAAUACACCAUUGAGGCUGAAAAUCCAUCUGGCAAGAAGUCAGCAACCAUUCUCGUCAAAGUUUAUGAUACUCCUGGACCACCUGGUUCAGUUAGAGUCAAAGACUACACAAAGGAGUCUGUCGUCAUCACAUGGGACGUACCAACUAUUGACGGUGGAGCCCCUGUGAACAACUACAUUAUUGAGAAACGUGAAGCUUCAAUGAAAUCCUACAAAACAGUUACAACAGAAUGCAGGAAGACCUUGUUCAGAAUUACUGGCCUGGAGGAAUCAGUACACUACUUCUUCAGAGUGUUACCAGAGAACAUAUACGGUGUAGGAGAACCAUGUGAAACCCCUGAAUCAGUGUUGGUCUGUGAAGUACCCAGCCUCCCGCAGGAUCUGCACAUUGUGGAUGUUGGAAAGUCCUCCGCCUUACUUAACUGGGAGAAACCUCUUCAUGAUGGUGGAAGCAGACUGACGGGCUACGUCAUUGAAGCUAACAUCGUUGGAUCAGACAGAUGGAGUGCAGUGGCCACCGUUAAACAGUCCAUGUCCCGGCACACCGUGACUGGUCUGACAGAGAAGGAGACGUAUCUCUUCAGAAUCAGAGCUACCAACACCAGAGGAGUUAGCGAGCCUAGGGAGAUUACAGGACCUGUGGUCAUUCAGGAACAACUACUGGCGCCCUAUAUUGAUCUGGCCGGCAUUCCACAGAAGGUUGUCCAUGUGCCAGCCGGCAAACCAAUCGACCUCAAUAUUCCUAUAAAGGCCAGACCUGCUCCAGUUUGCACCUGGUCCUUCAAUGGUGCUAAAAUGAAGGAUAGUCUUGACCGGGUUAAGAUUGAGUCUAAUGGAAAAUACACCAAACUGACUGUCCGUGAGACAACCAUUGAUGACACUGGUAGCUACACUCUUCAAGUAAAGAAUUCUGUAGGAACUGCGACAGAGAUACUUAAAAUUAUCAUUCUUGAUAAACCUGGAAUACCUAUUGGACCGAUCACAGUUGAUGCCGUUGAUGCCACAUCGGUAACGGUCAGCUGGGAGCCACCAGAGAAGGAUGGCGGCGCCAACGUUAGUGGCUAUGUUGUUGAGCAGCGUGACGCUCACCGCCCCGGAUGGCUACCAGUGUCCGAAUCUGUCACAAGACCCACAUUCAAGUUCACCAGAUUGUCUGAGGGAACUGAAUACGUGUUCCGUGUGGCUGCAACCAACCGCUUCGGCAUUGGGGGAUUCUUGCAGUCUGAAGUUGUUGAAUGCAAGAGUCUCAAGACCGUACCCAGUGCACCAAACCGACCUGAUGUACUGGAUGUGACUCAUGAGGGAAUGACCAUCACAUGGCAGCCACCAGAAGAAGAUGGAGGCUCCCAGGUGUCUGGAUAUAUAAUUGAGCGUAAGGAGGUCAGAUCUGAAAGGUGGAUGAGCAUCGUUAAGAACCCAGUCACCAUGACCAGAUACAGAUCAUCAGGUCUGUGCGAAGGCAAUGAGUAUGAGUUCCGCGUGAUCGCCCUCAACUCCAGAGGCUCAAGCAAACCCAGUAUGGCAUCUAAACCAGCUAUCGCCAUGGAUCCCAUCGAGCCUCCUAGUGCACCACAGUUCCCCAUGGUCACAGACACAACCAGGACGUCUGUGUCUCUGGCCUGGAGUCCUCCAGAGGAAGAGGGUGGUUCUGUCAUCACUGGUUAUCUGAUUGAGAUGCAGAAGGUGGACCAGGUGGAAUGGACCAUGUGCAACACGACACCCAUAAAGAUCUGUGAAUACACUCUGACGCACAUGCCUCAGGGAGCUGAGUACAAGUUCCGUGUGAUGGCCUGCAACGCUGGUGGACCCGGAGAGCCAGUCGAGAUCCCAGGAAUUGUCAAGGUUACAGAAAUGCUUGACUAUCCCGAUUAUGAACUGGACCUCAAAUAUGAAGAAGGCUAUGUGGUCAGACAAGGAGGAGUCAUCAGGCUGUCUGUGCCCAUCAAGGGUAAACCAGUCCCUAUUUGCAAGUGGACAAAGGAAGGCCGAGAUAUCUCUCACAGAGCUAUGAUUGCCACCAAUGAUGAUAUCACUGAACUUGUGAUCAAAGAAGCCCACAGAGAUGAUACUGGCACAUAUGACCUGGUCCUGGAGAACAAAUGUGGCAGGAAGGCUGUCUACAUCAAUGUUAAAGUGAUUGGACGUCCAGACGCACCGGAAGGUCCUCUUGAGUUUGAUGAUAUCCAGGCUCGCUCUGUAAGAGUCAGCUGGAGACCUCCCUCUGAAGACGGUGGCUCUGAUAUCCUGGGUUACAUCGUUGAAAGGCGUGAGGUAUCAAAGGUAGCAUGGUACACUGUGGACUCAAGAGUGGUGGACACAGCUCUGGUGGUCAAGGGGCUGAAGGAGAAUGUUGAAUACCAUUUCAAGAUCACUGCUGAAAACCAGUUUGGUGUGAGCAGAUCUCUCAAAUCAGAUGAAUGUGUCACUCCAAAGACACCGCUGUCUCCACCAGAACCUCCAAUCAACCCACCAGAAGUUAUGGAUGUCACAAAGAGCACUGUUGCUCUAUCUUGGGGCAGACCAAAGGAUGAUGGUGGCGCCCGCAUUACAGGAUACUACGUUGAGAGGAGAGAGGUGUCCACAGAGAAGUGGGUGCGUCACAACAAGACACACAUCACCACUACAAUGUACACUCUCACUGGACUCAUCCCUGAUGCUGAAUAUCUGUUCCGUGUCGUGGCACAAAACGACAUCGGUCAGAGUGAACCUGGACCAGUAUCUGAAAAUGUUAUAUGCAAAGAUCCAUUCGACAAACCCAGUCAACCAGGUGAGAUUGAUAUCAUCUCCGUUGCCAAAGACUGCAUCACUAUUCACUGGCUGCGCCCAGAAUGCGAUGGUGGCAAAGAGAUCCUGGGUUACUGGAUUGAGUUCAGACAGUCAGGUGAAAGUGCCUGGAAGAAAUGCAACAAGGAGCGUUCCAAGGACAGACAGUUCACCAUGGGUGGUCUGAUGGAGGCUACAGAGUAUGAGUUCAGAAUCCUUGCAGAAAAUGAAACAGGAAUGAGUAGACCUCGCAGGACCGCCAUGGGCAUCAAGACUAAACUGAGCUUGGGAGAGGCUCCUAGUCUCAAGGAAGACAUGGCAGAUGUCAUCACAAAACUUGGUGAAUCAGGAACUCUGACAUGCCAGAUUAUUGGACGUCCCCUUCCUGACAUCAGAUGGUACAGAUAUGGCAAGGAGCUGAUCCAGAGCCGCAAGUACAAGAUGAGUUCUGAUGGUCGCAACCAUUCACUGACAGUGGCCACAGAUGAACAGGAAGAUGAGGGCGUAUACACUUGCAGGGCCACCAAUGAAGCCGGUGAAACAGAGUCCAGCGGCAAGCUGCGCUUGCAGGCCGCACCUGCUUUCCACCCUGGAUUCCCAUUGAAGGAGAAAUACACUGCAGGGUGUGGAACAAGUCUUCGUCUCCAUGUUGUCUACAUUGGCCGUCCAAUUCCACAAAUCAUGUGGUUCUAUGCAAAGAAGCCGCUCAACGCGUCUGAAAACGUGAUCAUUGAAAACACUGAGAGUUACACUCAUCUGGUUGUAAGGAAUGUACAGCGCAAAACAAAUGCUGGAAGAUACAAGGUGCAAUUGACCAACAAAUUUGGAACUGUUGAAACCACACUCAAGGUUGAAAUUCAAGAUAAACCUACCAAACCUGAGGGACCUAUUGUUGUUGAUGCUGUGUUGAAGAGCGCAGUGAUCAUCAGCUGGAAACCACCGAAGGAUGACGGUGGAUCAAUGAUCACCAACUACAUUGUGGAGAAACGAGAAGCAAAGGAAGGCGAGCAGUGGCAUCUGGUGUCAUCAUCAGUCUCAGGAAACACUUGCAGGAUUCCAAAUCUGAUUGAAAGUGCUGGAUACUACUUCCGUGUUUCUGCUCAGAACCAAUAUGGAGUCAGUGAGGCACUUGAAGUUCCUGGUGUUCUCAUUAUCAAAAGUCCAUUCGAAAAACCUGGAAUUCCCAUGCAGCCUGUUGUCACAGAAGUGACCAACGAUUCUUGUCUUGUGUUCUGGAAACCACCAAAAGACGAUGGAGGUGCAAAGAUAAAGAACUAUUUCCUUGAAAAACGAGAGAAGAAACAGAACAAAUGGAUCACUUGUACAUCCAAUAAAAUCCAUGAGACACAUUUCGCUGUAAAAGGCCUUCUUGAGGGCUUUGAGUACGAGUUCCGUGUGAAAUGUGAAAACAUGGGUGGUGAGAGUGAUUGGAGUGAGGUGUCAGAGGCCAUCAUUCCCAAAUCAGGUCUCACAAUGAAACCUCCUGUCUUCAGAGAAGAAAUGAGACCAGAGAUGAUUGUGAAGUUUAGAUCCAAUGCUACAUUUGUCACCAAAAUUGUUGGACAUCCCAUCCCCGCCGUGAAAUGGUAUAAGAAUGGCAAAGAAAUUGUUGCAGAUGGUACCAAACUCAAAUUGCAAGAAUUCAAGGGAGGUUAUUACCAACUUGUUAUUGCUAAUGCCGAGGACAGCGACGCAGGUGUCUAUCAAGUCAGGGCAACAAACCAAGGAGGAUCCAUCUCUACAACAGUGAAUCUGACUGUUGAAGUUCCUGCCAAGAUCCACCUACCUCAAGAACUGCAAGGCAUGGGAGCAGUUCAUGCUGUAAAGGGUGAAGUGGUUACCAUUAAGAUUCCAAUCAGUGGCAAGCCCGACCCUCAAAUCCAAUGGCAAAAGGGACCAGAGAUCAUGGGAUCAUCUGCUCACACUCAAGUGAUUGUCACAAGAUCAUUUACUUCGCUCGUCUUCCCCAAAGGAGUUCAGAAGAAGGAUACAGGUUACUAUGUAAUCACUGCCAAGAACAGAUUCGGAGUUGACAAACAGACCAUUGAAGUUGCCGUGGCAGAUGUACCAGAUCCUCCUAAGGGCAUUAAAGUCAGUGAAAUCACUAGAGAUUCCAUCACUCUAACCUGGAGUCCUCCAGAAAAAGAUGGCGGAAGCCCUAUCAUUAACUACAUUAUUCAGAAGUGCCCCACAUCAGGUGACAGGUGGAUCCGCGCAGGCCAAACCAACGAGCCUAAAUACACAAUGAUCGCUCUGUUUGGCAAGACGAAAUACCAGUUCCGUGUCAUUGCGGAGAACCAGUUUGGUCUGAGCGAUCAUUCUGAAACAACUGAGCCUGUUACAACAAUAGAAGAUAAAUCCGUUAUCAGAAACUAUGAUGAAGAAGUUGAUGAAGCUAGAGAAAUCACCAAAGAGGAGGCACCACAUUCAUCAAAGAUCAAGAUGGUGGCUGCCCAGUACACAAUUUCUGAAGAGCUGGCACGUGCCGGAACAUUUGGCGUUGUUCAUCGCUGUGUUGAAAACAAGUCCAAGAAGACAUUCAUGGCCAAGUUUAUCAAGAUCAAAGGUACUGAUCAGGAGCUAGUUGCUAGGGAAAUUGAGACACUCAAUCUAUCUAAACACAAGAACUUCAUGUACCUACAUGAGUCUUUUGACAGUUUGGAAGAAAUGGUCUUGAUUUAUGAAUUCAUCUCAGGCGUGGACAUCUUUGAACGACUUGGCACAGGCAACUUUGAGCUCUCAGAACUGGAGAUUGUUAGGUACCUGAGACAGGUGUGCUCAGCUCUGAAGUUCUUGCACAAACUCAACUAUGCUCAUUUUGAAAUCAAACCUGACAACAUUGUCUACACCACAAGAAAGAGCACAAAUAUCAAAAUUAUUGAAAUGGGCCAGGCUAGAUUACUGACUCCUGGAGAAAAUAUCAGAAUCAAUUUCACUGCACCAGAGUAUUGUGCACCUGAAGUCCACCGUCAUGGACUUGUCACCACUGCAACUGACAUGUGGUCAGUUGGUGUACUAACGUAUGUGCUCCUCAGUGGACUUAACCCUUUUGCAGCAGAAUCAACCACAAAAAUGAUUGAGAAUAUCUCAAAUGCAGAGUACACCUUCGACAGUGAGGCUUUCAAAGAGACCAGCCUCGAAGGCAUGGACUUCUGUGACAGACUUCUUUGUAAAGACCUGAAGAAACGUAUGACUGCUCAUGAAGCUCUGGAACAUCCUUGGCUUAGAUUGAAGCUGGAGCACCUCAGCAAAAAAACUAUCAAGACAUUGAGACACAGAAGAUACUACCAGACGUUGGUGAAGAAAGAGAGAGAGACAAUUGUCUCAUCAGCUCGUGUUGCUUUCGGUGGUGGCUUCAGAAGUUACAGAGGUUAUGCAGUUGGCAAAGUCAAGAUUGCGCACCCUACAGAAGGUCUGAGAGCCGGUCCAGUCAUGCAUGGAUCUUCAGAGGAGGGUGGACAUGUCAGAUUUGUUUGCAACAUUGAACAUUAUGAUGAAACCACAAAAGCAAUGUGGUACUUUGGGACCCGCCAGUUAACAGCCAGUCACAAAUAUGAAAUCAGCUACAUCAAUGGAAUUGCUAGCAUCUACGUCAAGGAAAUUGAAACAUCUGACGAUGGUGUCUACAGAUGCAAAGUCAUCAGUCAGGACGGUGAAGAUAAUGCCUAUGGAGAACUCUUUGUUGAAACAGUGAGAUGCUACCGUGAACACUUCAUUGGACGCUCACUCACAAAGAAGAGAAAGCUUGAUAAGCAAAGACUUAUGCAGAGACCACCAGACUUCACUCUGCCUCUGUACAACCGCGCUGCUUACAUCGGUGAAGAUGUUCGUUUCGGUGUAACCAUAACAGUGCACCCAGAGCCAACAGUAACAUGGCUGAAGGCUGGUCAGAAAAUCAAACGAGAUGAUAAAAAGUACACUUUCAUUAGUGACAAGGGUCUUUAUCAAUUGAUGAUCCACAAUCUUGACCUUGAUGACGAUGCUGAAUAUACUGUUAUGGCCCACAACAAGUUUGGUGAAGACAGUUGCACAGCACGUCUUACAGUGACACCUCACCCUGUUAGUGAAGACACCAUGAGGCCAAUGUUCAAACGGCUGUUGGCUAACGUGGAGUGUGUAGAGGGCCAUAGUGUCCGCUUUGACUUGAGAGUCUCGGGAACACCUGCACCAAUCUUGAAGUGGGAGAAGGAUGGCAGGCCACUGGAAUUCAACCAACAAAUCACAGUUGUUCAAGAGGAUGUAGACUAUCACGUUCUGCAUGUCAGAGAAACUCUUGUUGAGGAUUCAGGUCUUUACAAAGUUACUGCAACAAACUGUGUUGGAUCAGUGAGUUGCCAGGCUACACUGAAGGUGGACCGCAUUACAUACAAGAGGAGAGAAUAUAAGAGUGAGGCGGAACAACAGAAAUAUGUUCAACAACAAAUUGACAAGACACUGAAAAUGGCACAACGCCUUUCCACCACUGAAGUUACUGGACUCAACCCAGCGGCUCAAGAGGCUUUGAAACAUGCUGCAGACAUAUACAAGCCGGCAGUGAGUACCAAACACUGUGAGGGCGAAUUUGAUAUCACAGAAGAAAAACCAUUUGUACAUAUCGAGGAAAGGAAACUUCGCAUGCCAUAUGAAAUUCCUGAGUCACGUAUCCAUGAUGCAAGUGCUCUGGAUGAAGACCUGUUGAUUAAACACUUUGUACCUUUGUCUGACAUGAAGUGGUACAAGAAACUCCGAGAUCAGUAUGAAAUGCCUGAGCGGAUGGAGAAGAUCGUACAGAAGAGACAGAAACGAAUUCGUCUCUCCAGGUGGGAGCAAUUCUAUGUCAUGCCCCUUCCUAGAAUUACUGACCAGUACAGGCCAAGAUGGCGUAUCCCGAAGCUCACGCAAGAUGACUUGGAAACAGUAAGACCAGCAAGACGGUCACCUUCUCUUGGAUCCGAGGUAUCCUUCAGGUCAAGAAGACGCUCCCUAGGUGAUAUGAGUGAUGAAGAGCUUCUGCAGCCCAUUGAUGAUUACCUGUCAAUGAAGAAAACUGAACAAGAAAGGCUCCAACUUGAGGAGGAGCUUGAACUUGGCUUCUCUGCCUCCCCACAAAGCAGCCCUAUCCGGUUCGAGUUGUCUACUCUGCGUCAUGAAGAAAAUAAACAUUUUGCAAGAAGAGAAGUAUCACAAGUAACCGAGCACAAGAUCAAGAGAACAAAAGUUUCACAAUUCUUGAGGAGGAGAAGAUCACUGUCUCCUACAUACAUUGAGCUGAUGCGCCCUGUUUCUGAGCUUAUAAGAACUCCUCGCCCACGUCCUCUGGAGCCAGAGGAGAUCAUCGAAAGGAGAUCCCCCACCCCUGAGAGGACGCGUCCACGCUCCCCCAGCCCCCCAGCUUCAGCUGAGAGAUCCUCCCGCUCAUCCUCAAGAUUUGAGAGGUCAGCCAGAUUUGACAUCAUGUCCAGAUACGAGUCAAGAAAGGCAGCACUGAAAUCUGAGCGCAAGUACCAGACGGUGACCCAAACACCCUUCAGCCUCGACCACGCCCCACGUGUGACUGUGAGAAUGCGUUCCCAUCGUGUCCCAUGUGGUCAGAAUACGAAGUUCACUCUGAAUGUCCAAGCGAAGCCUGUGGCUGAGAUCCAGUGGUUUCAUAACGGACAACUGAUUCAAGAAAGUGAGAAGUUACGCUUCACAAACAUGAGUGGAGUGCUGUCUAUACAGAUCCGUGAUUGUCAGGCAGAGGACAGUGGCACGUAUCGUGCUGUUUGUUCAAACUCAAAGGGAGAAGCGUCCGACUAUGGUAUCCUUGAUGUUUCUGGAGGUGAAUUCUCCACAUAUACAUCACGUCGUAAAGAUGAGGAUGCUCCACAACCAUUUGUUCCUGAUAUCACAAAGACAGACCAUUACCACAUAUCAUCCUUCAAGGCAGCUUCCUCCUCAGCAACACAUAUGGAGGUGAAAGAAAGUAAAUCAAAAUUAACUGAAUCACGUGAAACAUAUGACAGAUAUGAUUCAUCUGAACGAUUUAUAUCUGCAUCUGAAAAAUAUGCUGCAUCCGCGAAGUAUGCAUCAACUGAAUACUUAUCAUCUGCAGCAUCCUUAUCAUCAGCAUCAUCUGAUAAGUUUCGAUUGACUGAAAGAUACGUGUCGGGUGAAAGACAUGCAUCGUCUGAAAGAUCUGAAACAUAUUCUUCAACUGAAACAAAAAUGAGGGCUAUGGAGGCGUCAGAAGUUGAGCAAGUGACUGUUCAUAAAGUUAAGUCAACUCUGGCAGCCAGAAUACUGACUAAACCACAGUCUGCAACAGUCAAUGAAGGAGAGACUGCUCGAUUCACUUGCGACAUUGAUGGCGAACCAGCACCAAGUGUUACAUGGUUGCAUGAGGGACAAGUAAUUGUAUCCUCUCAUCGUCUUAUGGUAUCGACCACGCAGUACAAGUCUACAUUUGAAAUUUCCUCUGUACAAUCGUCUGAUGAAGGCAGCUACACACUGCUGGUUGAGAAUGCUGAGGGCAGACAAGAGACUCGGUUUAGCCUGACCAUUUUCCGAGCAAUUGUCGAAGAGGAGGUUUUUGUCUCAAUAAAGUCACCAGAGCCUGGAUUCAAGUCUCCUGAACGAGUAGCUUCACCUACCAGUGUUCCCCAAACCCCAACCCCAUUAAUCAAGUCUCCUGAACCAAUCACCUCACCUCCUAGGGUGAAGUCCCCUCCGCCAGUCAAGUCUCCUGAACCAAUCACCUCGCCUCCAAAGGUGAAGUCCCCUCCUCCUGUCAAGUCACCUGAACCAAUCACCUCGCCUCCAAGGGUGAAGUCCCCUCCCCCAGUCAAGUCUCCUGAGCCAAUCACCUCGCCUCCAAGAGUGAAGUCCCCUCCUCCUGUCAAGUCUCCUGAACCAAUCUCCUCCCCUCCAAGGGUGAAGUCCCCUCCUCCAGUCAAGUCUCCUGAGCCAAUCAUGUUGCCUAAGGGAGUGAAAUCACCUCCCAGAGUCAAGUCUCCUGAACCAGUUGUCUCGCCUCCAAGGGUGAAAUCCCCUCCCCCAGCCAAGUCUCCUGAACCAAUCGCUUCGCCAAAGGUAGUGAAACCACCUCCCCAAGUCAAGUCUCCCGAACCAAAGGUUGUGAAAUCACCUCCUCAAGUAAAAUCUCCUGAACCAAAAGGAGUGAAGUCACCUCCCCAAGUCAAAUCUCCUGAACCAAAAGGAGUGAAGUCACCUCCCCAAGUCAAGUCCCCUGAACCAAAAGGAGUGAAGUCACCUCCCCAAGUCACCUCACCUAAGAGAGUAAAAUCUCCACUAACAGUGAAAUCCCCAACUCCUAAAGCUCCAAAUAUUAUCCACCAACUCACAGCCAAAGCCUCAGAAGACACAGUGAGAAUGUCCUGUGUAUCUGAAAGCAGCGUGAGAGAAGUUGUGUGGUACAGGAAUGGAACGAAACUGACACAGAGCAGCCACUAUGAGUUCCAUAUGUCUGUGGAUGGACAUUGUUCUCUCAUUAUCCAUGACCUCUCUGAGAACGACCAGGGAGAAUACUCUUGUGAGCUCAUUGCAGAAGGAGGAGUCUCUACUAAAUCUUCAUUCUCAUUUGUUGGCCAAGUGUUCCAAUCCAUCUACACUAAAGUCACAGCUUAUGUGCAGCAGCAGAUGGCCAUGAAAGUGAAAACCGAACAGGUAUCAAUGAGUCAAAAAGAAGCAUCUAUGGCUUUAGCCUCCCAUACAAGUUCAGAACAGGUUGUUAAGAAAGAAAUCCAUGGAGGAGCUCAGAUGAUGAUGAUGGGGGAGAGUGCUGCUCUUAGCAGCAUGAAGGAAAGCUUCUCUUCCCAAUCAGUCCACAUGGCUUCUUCAUCUUCUAUGCAUCAGGAGACCUCUUUCAGCAGUUCCAGUAUGGCCAGUAUGUCUAGCAUGGCUGCCAUGGCUGCUGAAAUGCAGAUGGAAACCAUGUCUCUAUCUAGCAUGUCUUCCAUGACAUCUUCCCAUGCCAUGAGCUCCAGCAGUAUGGCUGAAAUGAUGAGUCACUCCCACCUAGAGGGGUCCUCCAUGAGAUCUAUUGCACAGGGUAUGCUAGGUGCGACAGGGGUACCAAGAAUCGAAGCUCUCCCAGAGGACAUCACCAUUGAACUUGGAAAGGUUCUCACCGUGGCCUGUGCUUUCUCCGGAGAGCCCACCCCUAACAUCGAAUGGUCUCGCGGUGGAAGAACGCUGCCCGGUGAGGAGCAUGGCGGUAGGUUCCACAUCGAGACCUCAGAGGACCUCACUACACUCAUCAUCACCAGUGUGAAAAAAGAGGAUGCUGGAGCAUACACACUCAAACUGUACAACGACUUUGGAUCUGACACUGCAACAGUAACUAUUAGCAUUCGAUCAUAAAAAAAACAGUUAAUAUAAUUUAUAUCUUCCCCCUUCCCUACUUUAAUGCCUUUUUAUGUAUUAAUUGAACAAAAAAUAAUCUUACUUGAUAAAGACCUGGAUUUCUGUUAUUGUAAAUAUGAACUAUUUUUAUACCAAACUUGACAUUCAUUUAUGCCAAACUAGACUAAAGUCUAAAGUUGUUAUAAAAUGUGCCAUAUUGGAUAAUUAUGACUUAGGAUUUUUCAUCCAUUUUUUCUGUGACAUGUACAUAAUGUAUAUAGCCGAAUUUAACGGUUAUGGAAAAUGUAUGAAUUGUUAUUUAUGACAAUAUUAACUGAAACAAAUGAAACUGAAAUGUUUAAAAGGAGAAAGUUUCGCAUGAAACGAAUACCCUGUUAAACCUGAAACUAAACUCUGUGCCUCAACAAAAAGUUGAUGUCUUAAGAUUGCCUCAACAGGUAGAGAGGCUCCCUGUUGAAGUUGACUAAAUCAGAGAGAUGAGAUGUUAGACACUGUAUGUUAUUACCUGCAGUGUUACUAUCAAACUCCUAUGAAUUGUAACAUGAUCUUAAGACCCUGAGUGCUGUUUGCAUAAACCCUCAUGUAAGCAGCACAACUAGGCCUUGUGUUCUGGACUGACUAUGUCAUAACCACCAUUUAAAUGACAUGUUCAACGUGCGAGCGGCCUGCACUUGAGCUGAAAUAAUUUUUUGGUGCUCUGUUUCUGGCAAAUGACUGCUUAAUUGAUUUUCCGAACAACAUCAACCUGGCCAUAAAAAAUUGAAAGUCCAUCCUGCACUUUUUUGCAGAAGCAGAGCCAUCUCUUGGAGGUUUGCUUGUGUGCCUUAUUUUUGUGUGUUAGCUUUAGAAUUUCACCAGUUCAGAUGUCAGGCAAACAUCAAGCAAGUGUACCACAGUGACACCACCUGCUGUGUUAGAAGAAAACAAAAUGUAUUAGCUGUUCUGCCCUGCACUUUUGUUUGAUUUAAAUUAGAAUUAUAUAAUUAUAUGCAACCUCCCUGAGUUUAGUAUUGAUUUAAUAAAGCAUGAUAUCAGCACUAAAA